GCUUUAAGAGCAAUGCAGUGUAAUCCCACCUCUUAAAAAAGCAAAACUGUAUUCCAGCCCAUAUGGAUGGGAGCCUGUAAUCUCUCCCUGCCCUCUUUUCGUGCGCUCUCUAAGCCCUUGCUCUGUCUAUCCUUGCGCUUCCUGUCCACCACUUACCACCAGUUUACAUCUGCAUGCAGCUGGGUGGGACCGUGGGUGGCUGGAAUUCAGCAGCACAUAUGGACCGAGUGAUUAGAUUAAGAAGCAGUUUCAAAAUGAUGAAAUUGAAUCUGAGUGAAAUGCACAGUCACAUCGAUUUUACAUUUUAAAAUUUCCUUCCUGAAUUACUCCAUUGCAGCCUAUUUCAAAGUGAAGUGGGGUUAGAGGGGAGAUAACUGCUUCUCAAAUAGAUUUCUGCUUUUUUUUUUUUUUUUUUCAGCGCGAGGAUAGUAAAUCAGAUUCAAGCGAUUUUACUGUCUAUAUGAUACUGCUGAUUUAGCUCUGAAAGAUGUGCAAAUCGAAACCUAAAUACUGGUUACAGCCUUAGGUGUGCAAAUGUGUGCACAGCUUACAUUUGCUUUGACGGAGGCAUGUUUUUUCAGCGUACUUGCCUCUCUUGGGCUGUGCUUCUGUCAAGUGUUAUGACUCACCACUUAUGAGAUAUGCUAAAGCAGCAGCGGGCAUCAUUAAGCAGCAGAUCUACAGUAAAUGAGGAGAGUCGGUGCUUCAGCUUCGUCCUGCGGUCACACAUAAACAUGAGGAUUAAUCCUUAAGCCCUUCAACAAAGGUUCACCACCAUCAUUCAGUUCUUAUCAGGCUACAUGCAGCACGUGAAGCCAGGAGAGUGUACAACAGGCAGCAUGGCUCAGCGCUUCACAAUAAACUUCGAUAGCAAAGGCUGCAAUUAAGUGAUCUCUGAGGUGCAGGGGAUGAAUGGAUCACAUGGCUGAGCAUUUACGCACGCAGGCAUUUAGAGCACGGUUCACAAAUUCAGUAUGCAAACAGAAGCCACUGUUGCCUUCUGGGUAAGCUGAGGCCACGUUUUGUAGGAAUGAUUGUAACAGGGACACAAGACAGACUUUGGGAUAGUUUUUGUUCAGUAUUGGACCUGCAGUAGGAUACAAUAAUGUGUCAGGAUGUGGAUUACUGUGAAAAUAAAGUGUGCAGUGACAUAAAAGUUAAUGAUAUGAGGCUUCCCUGACAAGCUUCUUUGCCCUUGUCCUAUUUCUUACAUCUCUUUACGCACACUUCAUAUUUUUAUCUCUUGCUAUCUCUCUUAUUCAACCAGGUUAGUUCAAUUGGAAUUUCAAGAAUUAUUUUUCAAAUGGACAACGACAAACUAUAGGGAACUAGGGAACUAUAAUGCAAGCAUUAAAAUUAAACAAAAAAAAAAGAAACUACCUCAGAGUAAGCUGUGCAUCCAUUGAAAGAAAUUUUUAAAAGAUUGCAAGGAAACACCUGUUCAAUGUGUAUGUAGUUUGUUAAAAGUACAGUGCGCAGUAUCUACUACUACACUUCAGAAACUAAUGGGUUACAUCACUGGAUAUGUUUAUAUAAUAUGUUAUCAAAAAAAAUCAAUUUAUUGCCUUAGUCGGACUGAAAUUGGACUUUUAAUUCAUGUAGUUCACGCAUUAGUCCAGCUCAAAUUGCACCAAACAAAUUCCUGUAGUUGAACUAACAAGCUUAGUUCAUGCAGUUGACUGUACAUAUUUUCUGUCAUGUAUGCCCCUCUGUUGGACCCAAACUGGCCUUGGUGUUCUGUGCAUGCUCCCCAGUUUGCCCAUCAGGCGUUGACCACAAGUUGAACAGCAGAAAUCUGUUGUAGGAGGCCUGGUAGUAAACAAAACCUUUACAGAAGAAAAAAGGAGAAUGCUGCCCUGUCGCAUUGUGCCGAGUCAUGUUGCGUCCUUUUAUUUUGUGUCAUGCCGUGCUGUCCCGUAUCGUGCAUACAGCAAGUACAAAGCUGUCAAUAGUUUUCAUUGUCCAACUUUUAAUCUGUUAACCUCUUGCUACUGUGUUCAUUGAUUCUUUUGAUACAUGAUGUAAUAGGUCAACCAGGAUGUGGCCAAAUAUCUGAAACAAGGCAUGUUGCCACUACCAGAAUGGAGGCGUAUGUAUUUUUGUCAACAAAUUGAACAAAUUAGGCAACUUGGUUCCACCUUCCACCAGUACAUGAAUUUGAAGCAAAAAAGCUCUCUGUAAUUCCGCGUUUUCUCUCCAUUUCCUGAAACCAACAUUGCGCAGUAGCGUUGUACGUGCUCCACCACUUGUGCACAACACAUCCUGACUGAAAGUAUGUCCAUGUUUUACAAUCUAUGGCAGGGAUAGUUUGCUUGGCUACGACAUUCACAUUCCUUAAGAUCAGUGAAGGUCAGUUUGAGAAAAUGUAUUACCGUCAUGUGUUCAAUUUUUGAUUCAGUGUGUCGCCAAAGGCCAUCUUGACUCAACAACUGUGGGAUCAAAGCUUUCGUGAGGGUGGACACCACCAGUAUGCUAAUAAGAGGAUAACAUACUGUACUUCUAAGCCACUACAGUCUCUUAUAUCUUCAUCUUUUAUUCUGGUGUAUACAUACUUUUGGCCGUGUAGCUAUAAAUCUCUCUCCUCGCAGAUCUGCCAUUGUUCAUUCAGCUAAGUGACUGUAAGAAAUGUACUUAUUUUCUUUUCUUUACUCGUUUCCAUGGCAAACCAGCUUUAACUUUGAAAAAAAAAGACAAAAUGUCAUCUUUCAUGGUGAUGAAGUAUAAAAUCUCCUUUGUAGAAUGGAUGCCAGGUGAUGAGAUAUGAUGAUGAGACUGGAGGUAGAUUAAUCCCCCUCCCAACCACUCCCAAUCGCUCCCCCACCUCUCUCUCCUCUCUCUCUCUCUCUCUCUCUCUCUCUCUCUCUCUCUCUCUCUCUCUCUCUCUGUGAUGCUGCAGCUCCUGUAGUCUCUUCAGUCUCCAGUAAACAGCAGACAUGGCGACAGUGGUCCAACCGCUCUCUCUGGAUAGAGGUAAGGCGCUCGUGGUUUUUACGUUUUUUCCCGCAUCAUUUCAAGCUUUUCCCGUUUUGCUUUCUUCCUGCUUUAAAAACUUCGUCAAGGAAGCGGGUGCCGAGGCUUGCUCCAGAUGUUUUUGAGCUGCUCGACACGGAUUAUCUUUACGGGCUGUUAUCACAGGCAAUAAGAGCUCGCGCUAUUCUGAAUAAAAAAAAUCCUUCCCGUUCUGAGCGCGUGUAACAGAAAGGAGCGCGUGCUACUUUCUCUGAAAUCGUCGCGUGCAUAUUCAUUUUCACUCGUUUUUUCAUCUCAAUAAAGGACAUUUACCCUAACCCCGCUUACUGUGCGUUUAUCCUAUCUAUAUUAUGUAACCUCCUCGGUUUUUAUUAUCCAUUUACAGCUCGGCCACUUCUCUUCUAGCGAUGAACUGAGGCUCUACUUCGCUUUCUUUGAAACAACUUUUGUAUUUGAACUCUGCAGGUGCAAGCUAGGCAGGUCUGUGCCUCUUGUAGGAAAGAAAACACGAACACUUGCUGCCGUUUUCUGCUAUUUGAUAACCUGAAGCGUGCGAGAAAGCUCCACAUUUAAGCCUAAUGAUACGUAUUGUGGUGUAUUUACCCAGCCGCUUUUCCAAUGCACCACAGGUUGUGUUUACUAUGACUCUGUUAGGACGUAAUGGUGGACCACGUGACUUAAACACAUUCUUGCACCCCCGACCUCAUUCAUAUAGUAGUAGUAACAGUAAUGCCUCCAGGAGGGAAUUGUGCAUUGCUAGUGUUAAUGUUAAUCUGCAACACACAGAAUGGAAGUGCAAAUGUUAAUGUCUCCUUGUAUUGCUAAAGGAGACCCAUUAUAUUCAUUUUCACCUCUCAUUUUCUCAGACCAGGACAGCUUACUCAUACUCAUAACUUACUCAUACUGGCCCCUAUAAAAAUACUUAGUCGAGUGAUGGUUAUUGCGCGAUUAUGUGAUUUAAAUGCACUGUAGCGACUCCAAAGACCAACCUUGUUGCUCGAAAGGAAAGUUGAGGGUCCAGUAUUUGUCCUUUCUCCAUAGACAAGCAAGAGGCUUAUGAUGCACUUAACAGCGUUUUUAAUGAAACAUCUGCUAGUGGUCACACACACACAGGACUCCUUUUGAUACACAGCAGGAACAAACAAAAGGCAAACCAAAGCGAAGCAGUGCUAUGCUAUACUCUGAAGCGAUGCGAAGCGAGGCGAGGCGUAGUGGUCAACAAAAAUUACGGCUACCCUGCUCCCCUCUCUCCACCUGACCGCAGAUAAGCCACGUCUUUUCAUAACCAACCGGCAUUCACCUCGUGCCCCACGUGACCCAAGCUGCCGUACGUUACCAUAGUAACCACAAACACCACGUGGGACAUACGGACAAACUACCUUCCGGCUCCUACAUGCACUACUGUCCUUAUCUCACUUUACGUGCACUGGGCAAAAAUCUGAUUAUCGACAGAAGCAUGUCCGCCUCCACUACAGUAGGUGGCAACAUGCCCUCUUUUAGCUCAAUACUUUUGGGUGGUCCCUGAGACGCGUUUGCAAGAGGCUAACAGGAUGUACGUUGAAUGAUGAAAACAAUUUCACUUGUAUCUGUUCAGUGGAAGUUUCAUCCUUUUUUUUUACGUCCUUUCUUUAUGUGUCCAGGUUUUGUUUCUAUCCCGCUUCUUCACACCAGAUUCACAAUAUUCAACUUCUGACACGUAAACACUGUAGCAUACACAGAAUGCUUAGAUCAGUUUCAGUUUGAUUUAACUGUAUAUAAGGGAGUGAAAAUUGACUGCCAACUGCAUUAACUUGAUUUGUUAGUCUGACUCUGAGAACUUGAUUGUUGGACUAUUCAGCUUCUACUUGAAAGAAUUUGUUUUUGCUGCUUUUCCAAUUGUGUAAAGUUAAACUGAGCUUCUGGAUGCUACUUUUUACACAGCUUCAUGCAUUUACCAAACAAGUCUGAGGCUCUGCACUACCAACCAUGCUAGUUCCCUGUUGUAAGUAAUUAUUUCAUCUCCUGCUGUUAUCAACUUCCAUCUUGUGGUUGGAAAGUGGUGUAACAAGCUUCCAAGUAGGCUUGGGUAUCAAAAACUAGUUCCAACUUGGAUUCGGUUUCAAAUUUCAGAGAUUCUUGAAUUUGUAAAGCAUGUGAUAUCUGCAUCCGCUUUUUGAUUCCUGACUGCAAGAUAAAUCCAUCAGGAUUUUCAAUAAAAUUACCCAACCCUACUGCCAAGUGGGCAGUCCUUCAACAUUUCCUAUUGAAAUGCAGAACCUGACAUCAGGUUGAGGCCAAGUCUUGCAAAGUUCUCAAAACAAGGUGUUCAGUGAUGGUGAACACCAGGAAACACCUACAGGGAUUACAUCAACUCUCAUGUAUCUCAUGUUCUGAAGCUUUGCUGAGUUUAGCGUAGACCUCCAACAUUGUAGCAUUAUGUGCAUAUAUUUGAAUGCAGAUCAGCAUAAUAAGCCUCUUUCAAUAUCAAUGAGGGAAUUUUAUGAGCAGAAAGGGCCUUACAUCUGUCUUUGAAGCACAGACUCACUUUAGAGUCCUGUGCUUUCUUCUUAGGAGUAUACUACAAAGUUUAAACUGCAAACGUCUAAGUCCAACAUUUAGGCCAUAUAUUUUCCUCUGGUAAACUGCAAUAUUGCACAAGCAUUGCAUAGGAAGCGGAUGCUGUCAAAUAUAGAGAAAUAAGACACCUAUUCCUCUGUGCCAACUAAAGCUAGCAUCAGCUCCCAAGCUACUUUUCAUGCCACAGGAGAGGACUAUAAAUACCCUCGAUUUGGCAGGAGUGUAUAUUUUUAUGUGGGGAUUAAUCCCAACUGGUGUCACUUGUACUGUAGGAUCCGAGCAAUUAGCCAGAAUUGAUCAUUUCAAGCUAAAUGAAGAUUCAAUUUCUUCUCUGUGUGUUCAGCUGCGGUUUGUUCUUGAACAAAGAGUGUAGGCAGUCAAGCUGUAUAGACAAUCAGCUGGGUCUAAAAGUGCCACAGCAUUCAGAGUAAAUGAGAUAAAGGUACGCAUGCACCAGGAAAAAUAGAUAAACAAUUCAGCCCACGCUUUUCCAACCCACCACUCAUCAUAUGGAUUAUAAAAAGAGGACUAAGCUGAUCUGAUAAACAGGCUUUUUAUCACAGGAGCAAAGGGAAAUGUCUUCCAUCUUAGUUAAAUGUCAGCAUUCAGCCUUAUCUGAUCUCAGUCAUUUGCAGGGCAGUUAUUCAGACGUGACCUCAGAAAGGGGGGCAGAACCGUGUUCACAUGCUGGGGCAUGAAUAGGAGCAGUCAGCGGCUGGCAGCUGUAGAGGCAUGAAAAGCAGUAAUGAUAGUUUCACACAGGAGCCGUCAGAGAGAGAGAGAGAGAGAAGGAGGCAACAUUACAGGCUCUGGUUUUGCCACUUUGGUAAAAACACUAUAAUUGCUAAUAAAAAGAGUGUCUCAUCUUACAUUUAGAGUGGAGACUUUUGCACACAAGUGUCUAACUGUGAGAGUAAAACGGACGGAGACAUUCAUUACCAAAGCUCCCACAUGGCCUGUUGGGUCACAGCAGGAUGAGGGGAGCUUACAUCACUGGCCUUCCUGUUAUUGUUGGAGGAAAUGACUGAAAAGCAAGCACCAGUAUCCCAUCAGCAACAAUGAAUUUGCACCUCAAUGAAUGAUUUAGAAAAAACCUUGUGUAUUCUGUGUAGAGCUGGCAUUUAACAGCAAAUAGGCAAGUCCCAGAGAAAGAAACCUUUCUGAUGUGUGACAGUGAGAGCAGAGGUCACUGUGGGUCUAUCUCAGCUUCUGUUGCCAAAGGACCUCUGUCAGAAACUUGCCUGAAAUGAGUGACACUCGUUACUUCAUGGGUUGCUUUGCUAAAAGAGACCAUUUAGGUGAAGAAGUUUCAAGUUAGGUCAACAUAAUCUGAAAAUAUUGCUGUCUCUGUAGUGUGGUCUGGUUUGCCUAAUCAGAACCUAAAACAAGGUGAGCUGAUGGAUUAAGACCCCUCCUAAGAGACCCCCUCUCCACCAGAAAGUUUAAACAACCCUGGUUUUUCACUUGAAAGGUUAGUUUCCGUAUUGAUAAAGUUGUUUCUGAGCAGCAUAGUCCUCCAUGUGAUGCCCUUUAAAGCUCAUUCAUGUAAGACUCGAUGUCAGCUUUCUUAAACAAUUGCUGUCCAGUAUGAACUCUUCCUUUUUAAUAGACUGAAGGAAGUAAGAGCAGCACUCUACUGCCCCGGCCCUUGUUUUUCCUCCGAGAGAUCAUGGCAGGUUCAGUAAUUCAAGGCCAGACCUUAUUCCCAUCACAUGCUCUCAGUCACUCCAGAGAUUUGCGGGAUUAAAGGACUGCUGACAAGCUGACGUCACUUGUAGCUGGUUACGUCUAACUCGACCCCUUUUAACACAGUAAAAAAAAUGGUUCUUAGAGAGUAACUGUCCUAAAGGGACAUUGUCCAGUAUUUAGAGAGAAUGGAGAAGACAAUAAGUGCUGUGUUUUCUCUUUAUGCUUUCACCACAGGCCGUUGAAAGAGCCAUUAGCCCUCAAGGAGUGAUUUAUUUGUUGUUGCUUCAAGGGGAUCGUCACUAUAGGGCAAAUUAGUGCUAAUUCUCUCAGCAUGGGGACUGGACUUGUUUGGUAGGGCCCUGCGUCGUAUUUUACUUAUUUGAAGUGUGAUUAUUAGUGUUGUUAUUGUUUGGUUUGGCAGCAGGGUUGCCAGAGUAACAAGGACAGCCAGGUCAAAGUGGUUGUGGCAGAUGGCAAAGCCUUUUUUGGAUGAUUUUUUUUUUUUCUCUGGCAUGGAUGCAGACCAGCGACUUUCGGAUUCUCAUUUCCUUCCAGGCACCUACUCCUAUCACUGGAUUUGAGUAUUAGCUGAAAACCAUUAUCCCUCUAAUACGACUGUAUUAAAAAUGUUCUUCCGGCUAAAAUAUGAGCCUGGUAUUGAUCUGAUGCGAUUGAUGUCUUUAUUUGGCCUUGGGUGGAGUUAUAGAGGGUAUAAAACAGAGACAUCAAUGACAUCAGAAGUGUGUUGAAGCCCAAUGAGCAGUCGCAAUAUCGGAAAUGAUGACUCAACCUAAUUUUUGAUCAACCUAAAAUGGACAAAGAGGUGGCGCUAGUGUCUUUGCAAAGGAAUACAGUGCACCAAACUAAUCCAUGCCCCUAAGACGAAUUUAUGUACAACUCCUGGUCUUUAUACUACAAAUGCACUGAAAUUUACUGUAUUGUGUGUAUGAAUAAAGAAUUGAUCUACUCUGACCUGAACUGCACACAAGGUAGUACAAAGUUUUGUAUUUGUGUGUUAGCUUCAUAUUUAAAUACUGGAGAUUGGUGCUUGGUUAACGCACCAAAAAUGCCCAGUCAUUAAUUAUUUGUUUGCAGUAGUUAGCAGAAGGCUAGUCAGCCAGCUAGUAGGCUAGUAAUCCCUCCAGACAGCCUGUUUGGUAAAAAGCUAUCAUGACAAAGUUUUUGUCACUAUUACAUGACAUGCCAGCUGUCUUAAAACAGAAGUUGCUAUAUUGUUCUCCAGGCUAUUGUUUUGUCCAUAUAGUGACCCAUUGGCUAUUGUCUACAGUCAGCUUUUUGAGCCCUCCAUAGUUGCUGAUCAUCAAUGUUGGAUCUCCACUUCCUCGUCUGUGUUCUUGUCAACUUUUACCACCCCAUGAGCAACUCUAGACACAUUAUUUUAGUUUGAGUAGACUGACGAUGUACAACUGGGUUUUAAAGUACAGUUAUUUGCAGAUGACAGAUUAGUUUGAGGCAGAAUAUUGUCAAAUGACAGCCUAUUAGUUCAGUGAUUGUUCAACAACUACUAUAUUUGCUCUCAACUACGUGUGUUUCAAAGGUUACCUUUAUUUUGGGGGUCUGGAUCCAGAUGGUCUCUGAAAACUGAUCUCACCCAUGGCGUAGCGAAGCACCUGGAUAUAACAGAAACACAAAGUAAAUCACUUGAAAGCUGCCGGUCUCACAAAGCAAGUGGAUUUUACAAUGAGUUGGUGCGUCAUACAUCGUGAUUGUAGAGAACAUUAUUAGCUUGACUGUAUCAGGGUUUUGGACCACUCCUGUUGUCUGACCACCAUGAUUAGAUUACUUUCUUGGUUGUCAUUUGUGGGUUUGGUUUUCGGGUUUAAUCAUGUUAUUGUUCCUCCAAGGCACACAGAACCAAGUGGAAGGCAUCGACGAGGGCUCUGUUAAGCAUUUCAAUGGCUGGAUCUAGGUAGAACCAAUUUUUGAUUUCUAUCCCCAGUCUCACUGAUACCGGAUAUUGGCCCGUACUCAAGUCUUUACAAGCACAGGUUCCAUUUUUGGGGCUGUAUUAGAAAACUUCUCAGGGAUGACGUUAGAUAAAGGUCAUUCAAGCUUCUUUUGUAAUCACUGAUGCUGAAAGUGGCAUUUACAUCAAUAAUCAAAGUCAGAUUCUGAAUUGAGGAUCUUCAGGUUUUAGAGAUGUUAUCAUGCCUGCCUGCUUUAAUGAGCCCAGACUCUGAUGUGGACGUAUUUAUUUACAUGGCUGCAGUUUUGUAGAAAUGACACUUUUAAACACUGAGAAUGAUUUACCUUCAGCUCUGCCACAAUUAUAAAUGGACUAAUUAUCGCAGAAACUGGAGCGCUGCCCAGCGGCCCAACACACCCCACCAACAAUGUUGUGCAGCUUUUGUGGAGCAUUGAAGCCUUCAUUAUGUGUCACUGUGGCUUUGUUCAGCUCUCUGCCUUUUCUCUAAUCAGCAAAUGAUGAGGAUGACCUUUUUUAGUCACGGCCUGAUGUUGGAAAGCGCUCAGGGAGAUGAGUUUACAGAGGAUGUUGCCGCAGAGACAAUGUCAUACACAUUUACAAAUACAUGUUUUUGACUGAGCAAUCCUCCAGCUGAAGCUUUUACACUGUUCUAAUCCAUCUAUGAUUUCAGGAACCUUCUGGGAAUUAUUAUAUUUCGUACAUCUUGUCCUUGUUCUUUUCUUUUCUCGUUUUUUACCUUUGCUGUUAGCAGAGCCUUUUACAACCUUUGGAGAGAGAGGAAGACACAGGGUUACUUGUUGCGGUAAAUACAUGCAGCCUCAUUUCUGUAACAGCCUAGAGAGUGUUCUUCCUCAGAAGCAGAAAAAACUUAAAGGAUAUCCUUCAGUCUGAACACAUUUCCUGUACAUCCAUUAUGAGUUGGUGUGUUAUUAUUCACCCCUUACUGUGAAUGUUCUUUUUCUUUUUCUCAGAGUUGUUGAACUAAAAGGAUUUAGACAUGGUUGAGGUUUUUCCGUACCAGUUUCAACCACGUAAUCCUGUUGUGAAAAAAAGAUUGUGGGUUUUACACUUUGAAGUGUCUUGAUUCGAGCCAGUUAAUACAAAACAGCUCAAUAAUCUGGGAGAUUUCCAGUUUUCUGUUUGAAGUAGGUAGAGGGGAAACUGGUAGUUUCCCAGUUUGGAAAGGCUCAAGAGAUGCAAUAGGUAGGUCUGGGAAAUUAUUGGCCAAUAGUAGUCAUGUUAUUUUGUAGUUUUUGAUCUGACAGUACAGCUUCAUUGAAUUAGAGUUAACAUAAAAAGCUUUCAUUCACUAAUAAGCCCACAAAUUUUGGCAGAGGGUGAUGAUAUUUAAACUAUCAUUUCAUACAGAGAAGGAACAAAUGCAGCCACAGCAAGCUGGCAAGAGUGUAAAAAUGGUGCCAUUGAUGUGAAUGUUAAUCACAUAGAUUCAGGAUUGCACAAUUGCAGCUUGCAAGAUGGAUGCCGCAAGCUCUCCCAGAGAAGGUUUUAAGUGUUUCUUUGCUAGCAUGACACUAAAGGGCGCAUCUUUCAUGUAAAGGUUUUGAUGUUGGCUCUGUAGAAAAAGAAGUCGCAUAGGAGACUCUGGUAGCCAGUCCUGGAGCUAAAAUUUCAGAAGAUGACUCACUGCAGUCAUAGAUAGUGGACAAGUUGAGGCAGAGGCAUUGCUUUUCUCUCUGUCAAUCGAAGCAAAGGCUCACGCUAUAUAAAAGACGUAGGCGCACAUCUCCUUGAGCAUUGACAGUGUAAUAUAUCUGAAGAUGCUUUUAACAACAGUUCACCUCCUCAGUCUGGAAAAUGCUGUUAUCUCUGAGCCACACUGAACCAUUGCAAUUGACGACAGAAUCACUUACUUUGCAGAGCUUGAUGACCUGAUGGCCUCUAAUGAAGAGAGUGUUUUUUAAGUUGCAGUUUUUCCGUCUCAAAAUCUCCUAAUGAAAAGGGUUAUUCAGGUCCACUUAAACUGGUAGUUUCUACUUAUUUCGUCUGUGCUUUAAAACUUUUCUUGAGAAAUCAAGGUUAAAUGUAAAAUUCAAGUGAUCGAAGAGCAAUGUCAGUUGGCUGACGACAACAGCAACAACAACAACAGUGCACUCAGGAGAUUGAGGAUGAAUAAGACAACUUGUGUUAACACAAUUAAAAAGUGUAUCAUUUACUUCUUGAAUUGACAUUAAAAACAAUCCUCUCGCUCGUCUUGCUCCCAUUCAAGAUCAUUCAGUUUGAUGUGAAAAAGAAAAGGAAUAUUGCAUCAAACUUCUUUGAAAGUCUAAGAGCCUCUUUAGAGACUGCAAUUUAGUAAUUUUAAUUCCGUUUGAAGCACCGAAAAACCCCUUAAAUUUUAAGCAUGAGCUUAUGAAAGUGGAGCGAAAACUGGAAGCUAUUUUUUAAGAAAGCAGUUAUGGUGACUUUUAUUCCACAUCUAAUGUAAGUUUUUGCAAACUCAGUAAUGAACCUCCAUAAAUAUGUGAUUCCUUUAUGAACACACAAUGAAAACUGUGAUAGGAGACCGUUUUAAUGAAGCCAUGACAGCGUGGUAAUUAAAGAACUUGCAUCAAACUUUGCUAAUUUAACUGAGUAUCCCUAAUGAGGAUGCUCUCAGCCUGAGUAAAGUAGAGGGAAAUUAAGAGCUGACAGGACCUCUGUUGGUGUCAUUACUUUGGUUAAUGUGACGGCAGCGCACUAAACUGUUAGUGUACAGUGAUUGAACAUAAAUUUAAGUUAUUUUGACUGCUGCUUCAACUCCUUAAAGAUACUCUAAUUACAGAUCCUCAUUGCCUUUUUGCAGAUAAUGAAAGGGUGUAACUUUGGUCUCAUGUCACCAUUUUUUUAGAAAGUGCUCAAUCAUCUGCUGCAAUAUCAGCCUCCUCUCCUUUCAGUCACGAUAUUCAGCCAAACUACUCUGAGAAUGACCUGAUUGCCUCCAGCGUGUUUGCGUCAGACUCAAGCUAAAUUUGGCAGACAUGAAUGUUGAGUGUAUAUUUUUUCAGAUGCAAGAACUUGCACAGAUGUUGCACACAUCUGGACCCUCUGAAUCCCCCAGAGCUGAAAAGACUGGGUCUCUGGGUAGAAAUAGAGUCAGAGUCAAAACAGUGCCAAAAAAAGCCCUUAAGGGUGAUUUCCCUCCACUGCCUGUUCAGUCAAACAGGAUUUCAAUGGCAUCUAGAGGUGGCAGAAAUAUUUUACUUGUGUCGCGGCUCAGUCGGAUGGAUAAAAGAAAGAAAAAAUAAAUGCUGGGAAGCAAAAAGGCCAAAAGCAAGGUUUACUGUGUCAGUGGUUAGAAAUCGGCAGGAGUCAGGGCAGAGCACGCAGGGAGAAAGCAGAAAAGGCAAGAAAGGAGACAUAACAAGACAGACAGGCAGGGACAUGAAAAAUGGAGUGUUAGGAUUGAGAUGUGCAGUGAUCCAGAUUUUCUAGUGAGAGAUGUACAGUAUAAUGAUGGGUUAAUGAGAGUGUUUUGAACAGCUGUUCAGCUGGAUGCGGUGGUAGUGAUGAGAGGAGCAUGCAGGGUGAGGAAUGAAUGGCAGUCAAGGUCUAAAUAAUACAAGAAAAAGGAGUAAGAAAAAAAAACGAUGAGACAUUCAUGUCGUUCCAGUGAGUGUGUUUUCAUGGGCAUGAGUAUCCUAGUUUUUAACAGGACUGUUUUUGUGUUUGGACCUGUUUAAACUUGAUUUUAGAAUCCAAGAUAAGCCUCUAUUCAGCUUUGCUACCUUGAGAACAUCAAGAGAGAACAGGAUGCUGUGGCAUGUAUCCACCUAACCCUGGUUUCUGACAACUACCUACAACCUGCACAAAAGGAGUAUCAGCCAAACAAACUCAGCAAAACAACCUUCAUAUCCUUAAUGUGAUCAAAACCAGGAUAGGGCUAAUAACUGUGAUACUUGAGCCCAUAGUAACACACUCACUCAUGUCAGUUCUUGGUUUCCAGAGAGGCAUUAUUAAGCCCAAAGGUGCCCUCAUUUGAUAUAAUGACUCUGUCUUCUGGUUAAUUCAAUCAAGUCAAGCGUUUGUAUCAAAGACAUUGCCUAGCAACCAACAGCUGUUACUAAUACUGUGUUCCAGUUGUACUCGGAAGUUGGAGUUUCCGAGCUCCGAGUCGGAUAUUCACCUGGAACACCCCCUUGAAGUCGGAUUUCUGACUCGGAAAUCAGACGAUCCUCGCCAACAACGUCAUAAUCCAAAAUGGCAGCACAGUGCAUCAACAGUAAAGAGUAACAGUGAAAGAUCUCGUAAUGUAUUAUUUGUUAGCACUCCUGUUUUGAUUUUGUGAAAUAAAACAAGUGGUAUGUGUUGUACUGCCCAACGUCUAACUGUGAACACAGUGCUAUGGUGUUUGUAAGAGUAAAAUACUGUGUUAUACGUUGUUUACAACUGCUAUAGCAAACAACAACCAACAACCGAGGACAACGGCUAACAACAGCUGACAACUGCUAACGACAGCUGACAAUUGUAAACAACAGCUAACAAUGGGUAACUAUAGGCGUCCAUCUUGGUUUUCCGACUUGUUAACUGGAACGCCGUCAACUCGGGUAUAACGUCAUUCCCAGCUCCGACAUUCGACUUCUGAGGUAACUGGAAUGCAACAUAAUUGUGUCUAGUAUCCUAUAAUAAUGAGUCUUUGCACAACCCAGAUUUUUAAAAGUUUGUCAUAAGGUAUUGAAAAAACAUCACGAUACUGUAGCGAGAAACAAUGGCAAGAGGUAUGGAUAGCCACACCGUCGUAAUAGGCAGGUUUGAUUCAGCUAGUCACAGAUACAGCUUCUAAUUAAUCAACAAGAAAACAAAGAUGGCAGCCUCCGUCUAGCAUAGUAAGCUAACAACAGAUAUGAUACUCUAUCACUGACUGACUCGUGCAGUGUGUCCUGCUGUUGUUUUUGUAAGGAACAUGAAAUUAAGUAGGAGUCAUUGUUUAAUAACUGACAGAAACAAAUGAUGUUGAUGGUUUGAACUAGUUUGAAACCAGUUCUCAACUCCUGCUCCUAUUUGCAAACAAAUCCUGUUGGUGGAAGUUCAUGGUAAUGCAUGGCUGAAGUUGUUCAUCAUUUUUUGAAGACAUAUAAUGAAAGUGUCAGAACAAGCAGAGUUGAUGCAUGUUGUUAUUACAGAGCAGGGUUGGUCAGUCAUGAGUGGGCUCAUGUUUCAUAUCACCCUCAGGCAGAAGUUAUUCAGAGGCUGUACAUAUAAAAGGCGCUCCAUGUGGGUGUUCAGCACAUACAUGGUGUUGUCUUCAUCUCUGCUCCAUUUGUUUUGUCAGCCUCUGCUCAGCUGAAGGUACAACAUAGGGUCUAAGUCUUGGUAUCACCUUGGUUAAAAAUCCAUUAUCAGAGUGCAUCCAGGCCCUCCUUUUCCCUUUUACCCUCUUGUUUCCAGGUAGUGUUUUGAUGUAUUACUUCAUUCUCGCUACAUAUGUGAUUCAUUUCAUUCAUUUCUGCUUAAUGUGACGUAACGGUGAUCCCCUGCAGGCAUUUUCAGCUCCUUUGCUAAGAAACACAGUCAUCCUUGAGUGCCUCAGCUCCUGUGUUUUUUACACUCCUGUGAUCAGUCACACAGCUCAUCGGAUGUCCUACUUUUGCUGAGCUUUGGGUAUUGAAGUGCACUCACGGGACAUUUUUGGCUUAAAUCUGUGUGCUUCAUUUGAGUUUUAGGGUCAAACUGAAGACAUAAACAGCAGGGAGGUAAUGUAUUUCUCGAGAUGUAUUAUGUACUUGAAAUAAUCUAGAAACCAUGUGCCAGUUUAUCAGUUUUUAUGGAGUCUUACCUUGAUUUGUUUACACAUUUCCAAAAAACAGUAUCUCCUCUGUGGUGUGACAGCCAAGCAGAAAAUCUCUGCAGACAUAUUUGCUGUAUGAGAUUAGUUAUCACGGGAAGCAGUGAAGGGGAAACGUGCAAAGCAGUGCUGUGCAGGCAGACGUUUCAUCACCCCUGAGCUGCUCAGUGUGAACCACAGAACCGUUUGUUAACCUAUUACACCACUCAUUUUACUGUGGACACCUGCAAUUACACCACCCCUAAAUCCUGCUUUGUUUGUGUCUGUGCUGACUCAACAUAUUCAAACCCCUACAGCUGUUUAUUCCUCAGCUUAGAAAUACAACCGUCUACGGCACAUGCAGGGCUCUACUGUCAAGGAAGGGUUGAAAUAUCAUCCGAUGCGAUGGAUGUUUGUCUAUCCAGUGACCCUGAUCACCACUAAAUGUGCACUUUUCCUAGACUGAAUCAAGUGUCAAGAAAUAGCUCUUUAAGGGAACCAACAACUUGGUAUUUCUACACUCGGGGUCACUAAUUACUCCGUCAUAUUUGACAGCUUGGAUGAAAACAGUUGGCUGUUACAUUGAGAUAAAACUGCAAAAGGACAUGGCAUGGAUUUACAUGAUUACAGUACUACAAGUAUUGGAAAAGCUGCCACUGAGGCUUACAUUUAAACAUUUAAUUGGUGUAAACCGCAGAGCUCCUCUGUUUGAUGCUCAGCUUCAGAAAUUUUAAAUAACCCGGAUCCAAGCUCGAAAGAUUAUAUCAGGAAAUUGGCAGAAAUCACUUCUUGUCAGUGUGAUGAAAGCACCGCCAAAAAUGUCUGCAAGAUCGAUCUUUGAAGUUAAGAUCCAAACGCCAAGUCAAAGGCAUUGAUGUGGAUGAAGAAAAUGGUGCUAAUGAGGAUGGGAAGUCAAAUAAAGUCAGAGAGAGAGAGAAAAAAACUAUCCUUGAUGAUCCUUGACCUCUGUUUAAUGAGAAAGAAAUGCUCAUAAACCACGUAGACGGGUGCCCUUGCUUCUUGGAAGUGUACCAGCUCAUUAUAAGUCAUUAUAGAAGUAGUGUUUUUUGUAUUUAAGUAAAUGGAAGUAAAACUGACCCUUUCACCCUGAUAAAAAUCAAAAUUGGGUUUUAUUAGAGGAAUAGAAGUUCCUUCACACCUCAUAUGGUCACUUUCUCUCUCAUAAGAAAAUUGCGAAAGCUCUUUUAGCACAAACAGUGAAAAAAAUUGAACAUUUAGAACAUUUUCUGUUCUUGAAUUUAACCAUUUGAAUUCACUACAACUGUUUUCAUAUUGUCAUUUCUUAACCCAAUAAAACACCAAAGAUGGAAAACUUUAAAGAUGGAAGAUAUUGAAUCUUUUUUUAGUCAACAAAAAUAGUUAUUCUGAAAAAUCUUAAAUGCUGGUUUGUUGAGUUUCACAUAUUUUUACCAUUGUUUGCUUUUUGUUUACCCAGAAAUUGAGCUCCUACCAAAAUUUCUGCCUCUAUCUCUGAACUUUAUUUGAGCUGCUUACUGCAUUGAAACUACAUCUAACUGCAACAGAAAUCCUACAGCUACUCUUGAUAGACCUCAGACAGCACUGUGCAAAGUGAACUGUCUGAAGAAAUAGCCCAUGUAAUAAGUGUUGACAGCAAGGUCUGUGAAUCAUCCAGAUGAUCUGGGACACUGUUUUGGAAAGGAGGAUAUUGCAAGUUUUUAUUUUUUUUGUAAGUCUGUGUGUCAUAUUUUGGUGUUAGAUGAGCCCAAAUGAUGUUUCAUUUUCUGCCACUGGCAAACAGCUGAGAACUCGGACAAAUAAAACCAAAAACAAUGCGCACAGUGGACAUAUAAGUUAAUGCGACACCUCCGAAAAUGCAAGGUGAAUUCAAAGUGAAGUUUAUGCGAGCAAAGGUCAAUAAUGAAUGAGCAGUCAAAACAAAGGGCCUGAAGAGAAUACGUAAUGUGAUAAAGCCAGAAAUAUUACAUGAUUCCGUUAAAGAAGCAUCUUUUUUUGUGGUAUGUAUACAAAUUUUUUUUUUUUGUCGAUAGCUAUUAGUUAUUGAUGGCAUUUGAUAAUAUAACUAGUCGUCAACAUUUAAAUUUUUUUGAGUGGCCCGCUCUUUCUGACUGUAAACAAAGCCAUUCUCUGCCUCCCCCAACCUGAUUGGUUGUGAGGCAGACGCUGCUCCCUCUUGUUCUGAGGCACGCUCCACAUCCUCCAAUAAGGUUCACGAGCCCAAACAAAGUCAGCGUGCUACAUUAUCGGACAGUAGAAACCAACCAGAAAGUACGGAAAACACAAGCAAUAAAACAAAGUAAAUACCGGAGACUCUGGCGCAAUAACGACUUGCUGGAGCAGAGAGGGAGAGGAGGAGCUGAGGGGAAAAUUGGUUGGGAGGGGUAGUGUUUACAUUCAAGAUUUCUCCCAAAAACUGGCACUUCCUCAAAUCCUGCCUACCCCACUUUUAACCCAAGAGAUGUGUUUAUCACUUUUUAGCUAUAGAGCGAACAGGUCUUGGAUUACAUCACAUUUUAUAUCACUCGUACUCUCUGCCAGUUAGCUUGAAAUACGGUUUACAACAGAAAAUUAAACCUGCUAGUGACAGUUGCCAUUUAAGCCAGCAUAAUCCAAACUCUCUAGCUUGAAAUGACAACACUGCUUCUUUCGUCACUGACUGAAAUACACCAAUACCAGUUAAUUAGAAGUGGUAAAGAAUGGUGCGUGGUAUAUCUAUCAGUACUAAUAUGUGUCAUUGUUAGUGUUAUUGUCUUCGGUCUGUAUUAUUAGCUAUGCAAGACCAUAAAGCUAACCAGGCGUAGCAACAGUUUUAAAAAAAAGGGUUCAGAGCUUCAAUAGUGGUCGAUUGUGAGGGGGUGCCAAGCAGAUGCUGGUUUCAGGUGGCUGGAACUGGCAGCAUUACGCUAAGAGGAAGAGCUUGUUUGGAGACAGCAGUUAGGAAAGGUAUGCUAAAAUUAGCCUUGGCAUCUAUAAUCAAUAUUAAUGAAAUUUCAUUCACCCAAACCUGUAACCGUCUUUACGCGCCACUCUGAGUAGGCCUGUUUGAUUAAUGGCUGAUUAGCACUUUCCUGAUGACUCGCCCUGUUGCUGACUCCCAUCUGCCGAUACAACUCUCAGCGGACCAGUUCUCGCGAGCCGUACCCGGCCUCGAUGGGAACUGAAUGUGCAAUUUUGAGCGGAUCGAUGUAAUCCUCAGUGCUUUGUUGCAGAGUGCUGAAAAUAGAAGCAGGCAUUGGAUUUCUAUGAAGCAUACUCAUUGUCUCCAUGUGUAGUAUAAAGGUGAAAUACAAUAAAGGGUAAGAUCUUGGUGUGUUUCACAUUUCCCUUUAAAAGCUGAACAAAGUAUUCACACAAGCAGCGCAGGAGAUUACCUCUUUUCAUGUCUCCCACAGGUCUGCAAACAGUAAAAGCUUGUCUGCUCGCCGUCUGCUUUAUUGAGUACUCUGUAUUCCCAGCAUUCAAUAUCAGCCCAUGUGUGUGUGUCAUGCCUCCACACACAGAUUGUGCUUAUCACUGUGUACAGGGAAGGAAAUACUGGUGCAGCCUGGCAGUAAGAUGACAGUGUGGAAAAAACUGAUUAGUCAUUUCGCGUGCUUGUAAUGAUGAUACUUGAUUGCGAUGAUUGUAGAGAUAAGGCCCUUGGGUCAACUGUGCCGGGGGCUGCACCCAGCAUUUAUCAUGAGAUUAAUCUGCCAGUGUCUCAUGCCCAAGGUCAAGUCUGUAUUUUUGGCCUUUUUGCUUGAUUACUGACCGAAACAAUCAAUUAUCUAAGUUGCUGUAGAUAGCAGUAAAGUAAGAAAACAAAUCAAGUCUAGCUCUCGUCUUGUCUUGUGUUAUGCAUAAAUUUGACUCAGGCUUGUGUGUCUGAUGUUGAACACACGCACAGUAAUCCAGGCUAUUUGUAUAUGCCUGAUCUGUAUUGAUCAAUCCAUGCUCCACACACAUCUGGUCAGAGCUGUGGAAGGUCUUUAAGAACAUUGCUUUUGUUGUGUUGUGCAGUGCUGUGAAUCUAAACCAGCGGCUGAGCUCUAAGUCAAAUAAAGCGUGGGCCCUUUUGUUUGUGUUAGGAAAACAAAGAUCUAUGAAAAACCGUAGGAUUGAUGCAAGGGAAAUAUUUUCAAGAAGGUGAUAUCCUGUAAGUCAACAUUUUGUUUGCAGCAGACUUAAUGGAAAAGGGUCUCUGGUUUAGCUCUGGUUAAAUCUCUGCCCUGCCUACAGUUUAUAGCCCUCAAAGUGGUGGCCCCUAGCUAUACUCUCAUACUAGAUUCCAAAUCCCAGCUGUUUUAUCCAUGUAGUACAGAAAAAGUGAGUGAGUACUGUAAUUCUGCCGACAGGGGUGGAUUCCACCAGUCGCAGAAUGAUAAGGGCCUGUGUCCACUACUCGCAUUUUUUGUGCCAGCGGUGCCAAAAAAUGAGCGAGUGCUUUUGUUUUGAAGACCGCAUCCGGAAUGGCGCCGAUCCAGAAUGGCGGCGAUUUUUGCUGUACGCCGGUUCCUACUGGAUUCAUUUGUAAGAUAGAUUUCGUUGCAGAUUACGGAUGGCAGUAUUUGUGAGAAUUCACAAGAACCCGCAGAUUCAUGUGCAAUCGCGUGAUAACAAGUUGUCUCUUGGCCACAGAGGCUAACCAUAAAAGCAGUAGAUUGUUUCCUUCCAGAGAAGGAAAUCUACUUCUAGACUUCUAGAAUCAGCAUCUCCUCAUCACUGGUGUUAUCAGGGUUAAAUUCUGUCUAUAAACCUUUCUCUUGUUCGUCCCCGCUCGUUGGCAUGGUGUGAAAUACGAUACGCCUGAAACAGGGAGUGUUUUAUUUUGAAAGGAAGCCGGAUGUUUUAUUUUGUGUCUGUGCCCAACUUCCUUUCCAGCACAGGUUAAUCUGUGCUGAAUUUAUCCGGCACGCUCUGGCAUCAGGAAAAAAUAGAACUCUUGUGAUCAACUGCGGAGUCCAGCGAUCCGCAGCAGAACAAAAAGAAGCCGAUGGAAAUUGACACAUUAACUUGAAUGGUUAAGAUCAGCUACAAACGGCUGAUACAGCCUUUUCGUAGCCGUUCCGGAUGCGGUGGAAAUUGGGGGUUAAGCCUCACAGUGAAAAAAUGCUAAUUAAUGCUAAGGCAGAUUUAAGAUGUACUUGCCAUGUUGAUCCAAGACAAAGUCGGUCAUGUUGGUUGGUGAACUGAACGUCUUUAAGAUCUAAAAGAUAUUGGAAAUGAAGCAUGUGAUAGAUUAAUAAAAAUAGGUAAUAAAGCAAACAUUAGUUACAGACAUUAACUGCAAAAGGACACAAAAGAAAUUAUACUUGGGGGUGAAAUUGUAAUGCAUCUCCACUGUAAAACUGCACCAACUGCACAACAUACGUGUGGUCGCAUGUCUCCUGACUCACAAGCUGAAUAAAACAUGAUAUUGACCCAGUAGUCCAAGUCGAGUGAUGGAGUACCAAAUAACUUCCCUCUGCUUCCAUUAUCUCUAUUUGGCCUGCCAGUUUCAGAGGGCAUGAAAUUAAUCAGCCGAACUCAUUCAGCUCAAGCUAAUUAUAGGCGCAGAGCUCAGUAAACCCCAGAGUCACAGCGUCUAACUUAAGGCUUUUCGGUUUAGUGUAAAUGCUCUGUAAUGCCCGCCGGUGUCUCCUCUUACCAGGAGGUGUUACCUUUGAACAAAUGAGUGCUUGACUUAUUCCCUUAAGUCUUUAUUCUCAUGCAAAAAGCCAGGCCAAAGCAAACGAUCCAUGGAUUGGACUGCUAUUCUAUCUUUCUUGCCGCAGCUGGCCUUGACUAAGUCUAUUUCCAUUAUCCUACCCAUUGAUUCGCUCAAGCGCCUUUCUCGCAGCGGUACUGUUAAUGUAAUUGAGCGGAGCUUCUUUUUUUUCUUCUAUCUGUCCUCUUGGCAUGAGUUCGCUCACACCCUCUCUUUCUCUCUCCCUCCCUCUCUCCCUGCCAGAUGUUGCCAGAGCUAUCGAGCUGCUGGAGAAGCUGCAGGAGUCCGGUGACGUGCCCGGUCACAAGCUCCAGUCUCUGAAGAAGGUGCUUCAGAGUGAGUUCUGCACAGCCAUCAGAGAGGUGAGCCAAUGUCAUGGGCAAAAGCUAGGCUGUAAACAAAACAUGACUCAUUUCUUAUUUUUGUUUUUUUUCUUAUACUUUUAUUUUUUUUAGUUGUUGAUCCAGCAUUUUCACUCGUUUAGAUGACCUUAUUUGACCCAGCACUUCGAGCUCUGGUGUUUUUCAGCGCUUUAGCGUUUCUACAUCGUGCUCCUGUUCGUGAAGUUGUUGCUCUUUCACCUGUUCAGUCAGGUUUGCUGUGUUAUCUGACUUCAGAACUUUGGUUGUUUCUUCAUGAAAAAAAGGAAAGUGUUGCUCACUUCUCCCUGCAAAAAAGUUUCUGUGACAUCUAACAGAAAUAACAAUGGAGGUUACUGUCAGGUUCUUCUCUAUCUAUUGAUUCUAUAUAAAACUGCUGCAGCUGUUGAUGGAUUUUAGUAUGGAAAAGUACUCCAAAUACUGUAAUAUUGACCAAUCACAUAGCAGUACCUUACCUCUGUGUUGCAAAAGUCAAUGAGCAUCUAUGUACCAGAUUCAAAUUGACCCUGCCCCCAUUAAAAACAAAGGCUAGCUGCCGUUUAGCCUCUAGUGUUAGCAUUUCUAGGUAAUACAAGGCAAUAGCAACACAUUAAAGGAGAACCCGGGCCUGAACUUAAAUACAGCUGUUGCUGUGUUUGAUGUAAUCACACUUAACCAAGCUUAUUUGCUAAUAAAAAGUUCACAGUCAGAAAGAGUAGGCAAAACACAGUGAUAUCGUUAUAUUACCAAAUGUCAUCAAUAACUAAUAGCUAUUGACUGAUGUUAAAAGCUUUUUUGUAUAUACACCACAAAAAAAGAUGCUUGUUUAACAGAAUCCUGCCUACCCCACCUCUAAGAUGUUCUUAUUUCAGCAAAAAAAUACUAUUUCCUUUUUUCGGUUCAUAUGUAAGACUGAGUGAAUCCUCUGUUUCUGUUAUCAGUGGAACUGAGACUCUGGGGAGUGAAAUGAACUAAAAUGUUGUCUGUUGCUAAGGGAACUGAGUGCUAUUGGUCACCAUUACUUUAGGUAAAUAUUGUCAUCAGAUAAUAACCCCAUGGUUUCCAAUAUUAUUGUCACUUAAGCAUAGCUUAGCUUGACCUUCUUCUAGGGGUCACACAAAAGCGUUGACAGUACUUAGCAGAAGUGCAGAUUGUUCUAUGUGAAGUAGGAGUUCAACUACUAUACUUGAGUUGGCAUGGACGAUAUAGGCUCCAAACUGUGCUCAUGUUUUUCAUCAGCUUUCUACGUUCUGCUUUUGCCAAAAAUACGAUACAGACUGAUGACUCCAAAGUUGAAGUAUGAAACUUUUUUAUUGUCUUUGUAGUUUUGGAGCUGCUUUGUUUUGCAGAAAUUAAACAGGUUUUCAGUUUCACAUCUGACCGACAGUUCGUCAGUACAGCCUGAGCUUACUCGCUCCAAACAACCAGUGUUCCCACUGUUCAGAUAUUAGCUGUAGGCUAGCUCGAUGUCAGCUUUGAACUAUCAUGCAAUGUUCCCAAUAUGUGUGUAAGACUGGGCUUUGAGCGUGCUGGUUUGUGCUCCUCCCAGACUCUAAAUGAACCCAGAACUCAGCAGGAAAUCUAUUUUUUUUUCCCUCAGCCUUUUCCCCCCUGGUCUUUUUUUUUCUCACACUUUUUCUCUUUUUCUCUGUACAGUAUGAAGUAGAUUUAUACCAUUGAGAGACACAGAGUACAAGGAUUAGCACAGAUUUUCACUCAGGUUGCGGCUGUUUUCAAGUUGUUAGAUUUAACUUUGUUCUGCAGCCCCAUUAUUUAGUCAAAAUAAUACAAAACUAUCCAUUGAAUUCAAGGACUAGGCCAUGUCUAGUGUUUAAAUGGAUGACGUCUUACCUGUGUUAUACUAUAUCUCAAAGUUGUAGGUUCUUUGAAAGUAUGUAAAUGUCUCCUAAAUUAUUUGCUAGUUAGUUUUAAUUUGAAUAAAUCUGUGAAAAAAAAAAAUGAAUUAAUUAAUGAAAAAAAAGAAAUAAGAAAGAGAACAGAGAAGAUAGAGCCAACGUAAGUAGCCCGUCUGGGUUCUGUACACUAUACCUCCCCUUUCUUUCCCAUUUUAAUAAAGAGAGACAGAAUAAAAUGGAUGAAAAAGAAAUGUAAGAAAGAGGACAGGGUGGGCAGAGCCAGGAUGACAAGCCUGUUUGGACUACAGUUUUCCCCAGCAGGGUGAGCAUGUACGCUCUGCCUCCCCUUACUCCCUAACCUUCAUACCAGGAGGAGGAAGGGAAAGAGGGAAAAGGAGAUAUAAGAAAGAGGACAGAGAAGAAUGAGCAAGUACAAGUAACUUGUUCAGCUGCUGUACGCUUGACCCCUCCUUUUACCUCCAGUUUGAUAAGUGAAGAUGGAAAGGAAAGAGAGAGAAAUGAAUAUAAGAGAGAAGAAAGAGGGGUCAAAGCCAAGGUGAGAAGCUGGUCGAGGCUACAGCUCACCCCUGCUGCUUAAGGCUGUACACUCUGUCUCCCCUUAUUUAAGACUUCUCUCUCCCUGUAAGAAUGAAGGAAAAAGAGAAUCAAGACAGAGGACAGGAGAUUAAGAAUCAGGGUUAGAAACCUCACCCUAACAGGCUAGACUGUGCACUUUACCACCCCUUAUUUUUGUUUUGACAGUACUUGACUUUAUCCUUGAAAUGAGAGAUAAUUCUCCCUGAUUUGAAUGUCAAACAUUGAGUUACACUGAACUACACUUUUACCUAAAAAAAAAAAUAAAAAAUCAGGGCAUGUACCUCUAAGCUACUGCUGUGUUACAUCAAUCAAAAAUGACUGCUACAUAAUGAAAACGUCAGAUUAUUGCUCUUCCUUAUCACUGCUGUAGCUGAACUGAAGGACUCAGAGGUACAGAGAGUUUUUGACUGCAUGAGAAAUGUAUACUGAAUACAGAGAUGACCCGGACAUUACAGGCUUUACAAACUUAACAUCCUAUUUACCUGGUUAUAGAGAAAUUAAUGAAGCAAACGGCUGUUAAAUAUUGGUUUUAAUUUAACUUUACACAGCCUGACUACAGUGUGAAUUAAAGACACGAGUUCUUGUUUUUCUCCCUCCUGCGAAAAUGAUUUUCGUUUACACAUACACAAACAGCCGCCCACUGAUCCAUCAUCUUAACACCGUUUAUCAAGAGGACUGAGUACAAAGCAAACAAGAGCAGUCACUCCACCUGACACCACUACACAGCCUGAUAACCAUACAGCUUGUAUAUUUAGUGUCCUGUCUGUUGUGAUAUAGCCCACCGAAGCAUUACACGCUGGCAUGUGUUUGUUAAGCAAACAGGAGUUCCAAGAGCUGAUAAACAAAAGACAGGUGCCACAAUGGCCCCCAUGUUUGGAGCUGAAUAAACCAAACAUGUUAAUUGUCCUGGAAUUAAAGGAAGGUAAUUACCAGCCUUUAUUAAUAUGUCAGGGAGAAGCUGGGCUGCUUUUUUACCUCCUAGUUGUGUCAUAAAUGAAGAAGCUUUAAAUAUGAUUUAACUGCUUCAAAGUAAAAAAGCUGAACAGAAAAAGGAGCAUCACUAACUCAAGGAUGUCUGGGUCAUAUCCAGUUUACCAAACUUACUUUUAAAGCCAUUCAAGUUUGUGUUGCUUUCUGUUUGUAGCUGAAAACUUUAGAGAGAAAUUAUGGAAAUAACAUUUUAAAAAGUGAUGCAAAUGCAAGUACUACAAGAAAAACACCACAGAAGUUAAAAUGUGUUUAUCGCAGAGGAAUCUGUGUUUGUAGACAACAUAAUAACAGCAUAGCCUGUCAAGUAUUGGCCAUCGCACCACUCCUGAUUAUACAUGAAUUUAAAACACCAAGUGUCUAAUUAGGAAUAUUCAGUCAUAUCCAUAAACUUUAUAUAGAAUGGACAGCAUCUGCCUCCUCGCUGGGUGAAGCCACCCCAAGAACAGAGCCCUCUGGUGACGGCUGCAGUAUAGGUCAUACAUCCCGCCUCCGCCAUCAAUCCUUAUGGGACUGUGGACAAACUUUAGAAAUUUAUUACACAGAAUAUAAUGGUUACGAUGUUGACAUUUAGUUUCUGUAAGACUGGUUUGUGCUCAAGUCAUCCUUUUUUCGUACAGCUCCGUUUUUAGGAGUUAUUAGGGGGUUCAUGUUUUCUAUGAUUGACACUUGAUACAGCCUAUGGGCGAAUGAAGAUUACGUAGCUCACCCGGGGUAUACACAAGUGGUGGAGUGCGUACAAUGCCACUGUGCAAUGGCUUCAGGAAGUGGAGAAAAAGUGCGGAAUUACCGAGAGCUUUUUGGCUUCAAAUCCGUAUACUGACAGAGGGCGGAACCAAGUUGUCCAUAGUACAUACAGUCUAUGGUCAUAUCUAGUGAUCAGGUUCUUCAAAUACUCUCCUACUCACCCCUUUCAUGAGUAAAGUGACGGUGGACAGUGAUCACCUGGGAUGCAUAGGAAGUCUCAGCCUCUGUUCGUCACCAAGUGGUGACCCCUGGUGUUGACAAAUGUAGCCAAUACAGAAAACAGCAGUUCAUUGAGAGUCCACUACAGGAUCCAAGGAUUAGGUCCUACAUUAAAAUGAUCAUUUUGUCAGCAGAAAAUGAUGAUCAGGUGCAUGGUCUGGUAUUAUCUGGAUGUCUUAAUCGGAGUUCUCCAACUCCAGUUGGAGUUCUCUAACUCCGAAUGUAGUCGGACUUAGGUGUUCACAUGCAGUUCAGUUGUCCGGUCUUAAUCGGAGUAAGACAAUAAUUCGGUUUUCUUGAGUGUCAUGUAAACAUACUGAGUGUGUCAGGCAAGACCAAAAGCUUUUCUUUUCUUACCCGAUCUAAGUGCUCCUGGUUGCUUAAACCCGGCAAUAACAAUCAGUGUAUUUACAUGUUUAAAAUAAUCAUUGACUGACUGAAAUCGAGCUGCUCAUAGCUGGACAUACAUACCUGGAAAAUACAAUGAGGGAUCAAUUUUCUUUGUCAUGUAAACAGCCCGAUUGCACUGAAACUGGCCUAAGCGCUCUGUGCAUGCUCCAUUAAAGAAAUAGAUUAUUUCCGUGUUUUCUUUUACUUAUGAUAGUCUUUAUUUAGCGAAAGUAGAAGUAGAGGUUAAUUCACUUUUUCUACAAGUCCACCAACACUGGCAAUGACACCAAUUAGCAGAAAAACAGAACAUCACAUAAACUCCCCUGACAUCGUGUGGAAAAGCAGAGAGGAAGAAAGCUCCACUCUGCUCCUUUUACACAGUCCAGCUCUGCUCUGGCACAUCCUGACACCAACUGCAAUGUCUGGCAACUGGCUGGCUGGUCUCCGUGCCAGCCACUGGAGAGCAAUGACAAUGAUUCCCCCCAAAACCUCGCAAAAGAGGCAGCGCAUAAAGGUGCAGACCACUUCACUUACAAAGAGCUGGCUAAACACAGAUGCAGGUGGACCACCAGGGCAAACGAUGAGACAACAGCGUCUUACACAGACAGCUGAAGAGCAGGCCAAGGCAAACUGUAUAUUAUAACACUUAUUAUGGAGGGCAGUAAAGGAGCUCUUGAGGUGGAAUAUUACAGCCCUCAACAGCUGUGUCCCCGGAUGCCACGAUCAAAUCGGAAACAAUUAGAAGAGACAGACUCAGCAUGGAGGGGGAUCUCAGUGGGAAAACAGCAGUUAGCCUGGAUUUAAUGGCCCUGAUAUGCAAGAGUCAUUCUGAAUGUGUUUGUUUGUGACAAGAAGAAGGAGCGUUUACUAGCUACGGGUUCAUUUACCACAUGGCAUCGCUCUAUUUCAGACGCAAAAAGACUUGUUUUAAAAUCAGCACCAUUUUGAAGAACUUAACCCUUUAAUGCCUUUUGUAUCAUAUGCCUUUGAUACGUAUUUUUAUGAUACUUCUAUCAAAUCAAUAUGAUCAACAAAUUACUAAAGAACACCUGAAUACAGUCCGAUAAAUGAUAAAAAUGUCCUCUUGUGGUUUUUCAGUUUCCAAAAACAUCCAAUGUAUCAAACAAGAGAAAUAAAUAUAUAUUUGUUAAAUUUAAAGGACAUUUUGAUUUUUUUGUUUUUUAGUAGUAAGUGAAAUAAACAUUUCAGCUCCAAAAAAAGUGUUAAUUUUUUGGCCAUAAUUUGUGGUUUCAGGCAUCAAAUGGCUAAGUUGCAUGUUUUUAGUUUUUUUUGCCACUUUUGAGAGGACAGUCACCACUCACUACUCCACCGGCACCAUCAUUUGUAGAUGCAUUAUUCAAAAGGAGGAAUUAGAGUUCAUUUUUCUACAUCUCCAGACCGCAGUUAAUAACUUUUUAUUUGCAGACUUGAACAUUUCUCGAGAAGUUGCUGGUCAUAAUUUACCAAAACAUCUGUGGAGUCUAUUUUUAUUAGCAGCCCUUCAGCUAACUUGUUCAGGCAAUGCAAGAUAUAAAAAAAUAUUAAAAUAAAAGCAUGUAAAACAGGUGUUAUAUGAGGCGGCGCCCUUCCACAAAUGAAUAUGGAUAUUAUUAGAAAUGGAUGAUGACAUGUUGGAUAACUGUGUUCAUUACUCAAAGGUACUGUGAAGGGUUUUCAACUGGUUAAGAAAUGAUAUUAUCAGGAUGUGACGUUUGUUGUGAUUGGUACAUCCCAACAUUCCUGGUUACUUAAUGUAAAUUCUCAGCCUGCUUUCUUUUAACAGCCAAAAAUGUGCCACUUAUUUUUUCUUAGGCGUGGGGUAAGUAAUCUGGUGUGACAACAAAGGCCACUGCAGCAGCUUCAGCCAUCAAAAAUAAGACUAGAAUAUGUAAUUCUUGUUGCUGGUGGACUCAGAAGUGUUAUCAUCAAUUUCCGUGAGGUUCAGAAUCAGUUAAAAACUCCUCAGAGGGACUUUAGAAGCAAAAUCACUUAAAUGUGAAAAGUUUCCACUCAUUACUCUUCUCUUUUUUUUUUUGCUCCUUGGUAUGAAAUAAAAUUCUGAUUUAUUUCAAACUUCACCCACUCCCCACUGCUGUAUGUCAUUCAUUAGUUUUAACUAUCAGGAUUUAAAAGGCGAUAAAACACUCAGGUUAAACAGUAAGACCGGCCCUCCUGUUGUUAAUUUCCAUUGCACACACCUUUGUGACAUUUCAUUAAUAUGGAUGACCUUUCUCUCCGGUCUUGGCUUUGCGCAGUGUGUGAUGUGAUUUUUUUUUCCUCCACUCAUUUAUGAAGGUGAUGAAGCGUAUUUGACGGUGUUAUCGCCUAAAAAGAUUUGAAGUAUUAAGGAAAAACUUACAGGUAGUCUGCCUCCAUAUCCUGAUCCUGUAUGUCAAUAGUUCUUCUGAACAUGGAUCCGCCUUGUUGGAGCUGACAGGAAAAAAAAGAGUGGAUUCAGCAAAUGAUAAAAGAGAUGGAGUUUGAUGAGCUGGUUGUCUUUUUUUCGGGCACAUUUAUCAAUGACGGAAAGAGGAGGGUGUGGGGCUGUUUCUGUGCGUAAGUCUCCCCGCAUCAGCCUGAAUGAGUUGUCAGGGUCAAUCAGCCUUGCAAAUAGGAAAGGAAGGACACAAGACGAAAUGACUGGAGGAGCUAACCAGCUGGAAAUGAUGGAGAGCGGGAAUUUAGAGUAUAUUGGGUUAGAGAGUCCCACUUGACGCACACUGGAAAAGCGGGCCGGGGCGAUGGCGUCUUUCAUCAGCGUUAACAUCGCGGCUGAUUUUCCACUUCAGCAGGGAUUUUCAAUCAACAUUAUUGACUGUGUUCUCUUUCGCAAAUCGAGGGCGGAGGAUUUAAAGUUGACUCUGCUCUGACGCCGCUGACACCCACAUCACAUUAAGCCAAAGGAUGAAAGGUACAUUAAGUCAGUGCAUGCAAGUUCAAUAUUUCCCUUCCGUGUCAUAGUCUUCUCCGCCCAGGGGAAGUGUAUUGUUAAAGCCCUGUGCUGGUUUUCAGCCCUUUCUGAAAACAACAUCACCGAGGCUAAAACCUCCCUCUUGACCUCCCUUUUACCCAUCCCCCUCCCUCUUCUUCAUCCCUCUGACUCAGUAAAGGAAGCAGGAAGCCAUGGUUACAAGCAGCGUUGUAACAUCACUUUGCCCUGCAGGCUUCUGCUUUUAUUCUCUGGUUUGCUAGUAUCCUCGCAGUUGGUGGCAUCCCAAAGGAAUGGUGUGUUUAUGAACAUUUCUCGCCAAAAAUCACCUUGAUAGGGAACCAGGACAUGUCAGCAAACAUGGUCUGGAAAUGUCAGUAUUUCCAGUGAUGGAAAGAAGUGAAAGUUAAGAGUGAAGAUUUCAGGAAAAGGAGAGGAAAAUGCCCGCAAGACAAAUGGCCUCUUUAGAGCAAAGUGCAGCCCCAGUAACUGUGAACAGGCACGUAAAAGCACACAGCUCUUUAUUCUGCAGCACAAUAUUUAGGCAAAAUAUGUAGAGAGAUAAUAAUGGGCCUUUCCCAUUUUAGAACAAAAAAUACUUUGCUAUUUUUAGUAUUUUCUAAAAAGUAAAAGACUAAAUAACGCCAUAUUUAACAGUCCUGUUAGGUUCAAAACUGCAUAUUUGAUACGACACAAUGAUACUUAAAGGUGGGGUAGGCAGGAUCUGAGUUAGUGUCAGUUUUUGGGAGAAAUCUUGAAUGUAAACACGACCCCUGCCAACCAGUUUUCCCCUCAGCUCCUCCUCUCCCCUCCCUCUCUGCCCCAGCAAGCCCCGCCUACAAACAGACGCUCCUGCUCACUCGUAUUGUUCUAAUUCAUUUCAGAUAUAAUGCAGAUAAAUACUUCAGAUAAUUACAAACGUGAAAGUAAAAAGCAUUGGUGCUACUGUAGAUGCCAACAGACUACCAGCAAACACAAUGUUUGCAGGACUUCAACAACUAGGAUAAAGUGACAUAGUCCAGGACCCAAGGUAAACAGUUUAGCGGUGCUACAACACGCAGACAAGAAACACUUCUAUUGCAGACACUUGGCUUACUUUGUUAAAGCGGUUUACCUGUCCAGCAGAAAGGUUACAGGGUCCGUAACAUCCUGAAGCGUCCCCCUGUGUUGGUUUAACUGGUGUUAAGACCCCCAUCGUUUAUGCUGCAUUUAUGUUGACCCGGCUUUUUAGCUCUUGUCCGGUCUACCUCCUUUUUUAGCGCCCGUUGUUCCACCAGAGUCUCCGGUAUUUACUUCGUUUUCUUGCUUGUGUUGACAGUCGUGGCCAAAGGAGGAUUCAGAACAUUUUCCGUACUUUCUGGUUGGUUUCUGCUGUCCGAUAUUGUAGCACGCUGACUUUGUUUGGGCUCGUGCACAUUAUUCGAGGAUGUGAAGCGUGCUUCGCAACACGAGGGGGCAGCAUCUGCCUCACAACCAAUCAGAUGGGGGAGGUGGAGAACGACUUUGUUUACAAUCAGAAUGAGAGGGACGCUUAAAAAUGUUAAAAUGUUGACUACACAGACAUAACAAAACACAGCGAUAUCGUGAUAUUCCUAAAUGUCGUUAAUAACUAAUAGCUAUUGACUUGUAUAUACGCCACAAAAAAGAUGGCUCGUUAACGGGUUCCUACAUACCCCACCUUUAAAAGGGGUUUAUCAGUGCGAAUUAGCUUCACCUUUUUUUCUGAAACUUUUGUUUUGUUCUCUGAUCUUACAAAUGCCUUUUUUCAACAACUAACAGAAUAUGUUUCACCUAAAAAAGCUCUUUAAACAGCCAGUACACAUCUGUCCCCUGCCAUAGUUGCAAAGUUAGCUGCUAGCUUGUAAACAGCCGAGUCAUCAGAGGCUAAAGAUCUUAACCGUGUCCCUAAAGUACAAGGAUCCUUGAGUUGCUCUCUAGUCAUCAUCCCUCCUACAUAUUUAAACAUUUUCUGCAUAGAUAUCCAGCAAAAUCCUUGAAACAUAGUAACCGAGCACACAAGGCUUCAAUAUGAGACAACCCAGUUUCCUGUUAUUUUUAACUAUGCUUUGGCACAGUCAGUGUGCAAAAAAACAGGAAGAAAAUCUGAAAUUUUGUCUAAUUAAUGAGGAAAGAGUGCUGAAAUGUUUUGCUACUUUGACAGGCAGCUUCCCCUGUGCUCAAUUAAGCCUUCAACUGCAAAAUAAGUUUUAAAAUCAAGCUCUGGCGCACCCGUGGAGUGAGCUCACAACACUCCUCUUCAACUUACCCCCCUCAGAUAGAUGCCAAAAUCAUAUAAGGACUAAUGCUUUAUCUGAAAGCCAUUACUAAACUUUCAUGUGACGGAGACAAAUGUUCGAGAGCUAAAAGCACUUAAAGCCGGUAAUUAAACGGAUUUCAUGUCUGCAAAGUGCCAAGAAUAAGAGACAGUAGAAUAAAUGGGUGCAAUUAACAGCUGGGGUGCUGUUUGGAAAAAUUCGGAAAAAAAGGGAAAGAGGGGGCUUUCUGCAGGCAGGUAGUAGCAAGGCAAACCUUUCAAGGCAUUUAUAAAGCUGUGCUCAGCCUCGGAAAGAGCAAAAGGUGGAAGAAGUCCUCGGGAAAGGUGUCAUUUGGGAGUUGAGAGUGUGUGUUUGGACUGCAGGCUCCUUUCCUCCGAAAGCUUCAGCGAUAGAAAUCUGUGUUUCGAUUUGAAAUGAGAAGCUGCACUCUCACAAACCUCUCUCUUUGUCUGUCUUUGAGAUUCAUGAGCAAACAAGAGAACAGAAGCUCAUGGUUAUUUUCCCCAACUCCUCUGAAAUCUCUCCAUACAAAUAUCUCUGUGUUUGUACCCUAUAAGUAUACAUCCUUUUGAUGAUUUCAGAGCAGUGGGGGCUUUGUAAUGUUGUUCCACGGUACGUCAAAGCUACCAGGCGUGUUCGCUCCCAGGCAAGCUGCCAUGCUUUGAUGAGAGACAUCAUCUAGAGAGCAGAAACAGAUGAUUAAAAUUCAGUUCAAAGCCACUGCAUCUGAUCCGCUGUAGACAAUGGUUUCGAGUUCAUUUUGCUCUCAGAAAAUCUUGGGUUUAUUAUUACACUGAUUAAAAUGGGAUUGCUUAUUUGCUCACUUACUGCUACCUAACAUAAAUACAAAUGGAUGUCUAUGUACUGGGAAAACUUGACUGAGUUGUUUUUUAUCGAGCGAACCGCACCAAAGCAUCAAACGUAUAUCCUCUGAGACUUUUUCAAUCAUCCCACGCAUUCUUUUUUUUUUUUCCAUCAUCUCCAUUCCCCUAUCAUCACUGAUGGGAAAUUUCACACUGAUUUGCAAAAUCUGAAAGUAACACGAAAGAUUGAUUGAGUUGAAAUAAGGUAAGAAAGACAUAUUUGAAUGAGUCUUGGCAAAAACAGCCCAAAAGAUUGCCUGGUGGAGGAAUGGGCCGCAAAUUCAGGAAGAAAGCCAAUCCCAAAACGGAAAUAGAAGAUCUAAAUCAAAGAAUGGUGGUUGUGUUCAGUGGCAAGCCAAAAACAAUUUAUAAAAACAAGUGGCAUUAAAAAAGUCACUAUAUCCUGUAUACAACAUGCACCUAGUUUCAGUGACUUCACUUGUUGACGUCACCGUUCGCCACAUCAACAGCACUGACACAACCCAACUUUAACCACCUUUCUAUAAGCAAAAGUGGAUCUGAGGCGCUCCCUUCUUGUUCCCAGAUAACACUUACAAUGUGCUCACCAGUCAACUAGCCCUGCUUGCACUCUUGCAAAUUUAGCAUAAAGAAAAUUUAUAAGAAAAUUCACCCCUGUCCGAUGUAUGGGUCAGUCAUUAGGUCUGCAGUUUUUUUGCACCUCUUGUUUGCUUUGUUUUUAAACUCCAGAGGUUGGUUUUCAUUUGACCUGACUACUGUAAACACAAAGGGCUCUACUUUUGUGCCUGCCGGCGGGCGGUGGCACACCUUGCGCAGCGGUAUUUUCGUCUGGCGAAGCUUGGCGCAGAGCCAGUUUGGUAUUUUUGUAGACUGGGGUGCACCGAGGUCCACUAAGCUGGGCAUGUUUUUUUCGUGUUCGCCAGCAGCGUAUAAAGUGCGCUGAAAGCUUUCGAUUCAAACCUUGUCAGCUUUCAGCUUUCAUACUUAAGCCAUGCCUGUGCCAUGCUGCCGGCGAGGCACGAAACUAGAGCCCAAAGUGUCCUUUUUGAUUAGCUGGUAUGCUGUCACUGUACAGAGUCAAAACAACUCAAAAAUAUGAGAAAGACUUCUGUUUGUAAUUUUAUGGUGUGAUACAGCCAGUAACAAUAAGAUAUGGUAAUGUCGCUUAACAUUACGUUGUGUUUACAUUAGGUUGUGUUAAAUACGUUUUGUUACAUUAUGUUUGGUGCAUUGUGUUACGUUACGUUAUGUUACAUGUAAUGUUGUGUAAUGUUAUGUGUUAUGUUACAUUACAAUAUUACAUCAUGGUGUGUUAUAUUAUGUUAUGAUACAUCAUGUUUUGUUAUGUUACAUAGCACUUUAUUAUAGUACAUAAUGUUGUGUUACAUCACGUCACAUAAUAUGAUCUUACAAAAUGUUAUCAGACUACAUCGUGUUACUUCACGUUACAUGACAUCAUGUUAUAUGUUAUAUGUAAGGUUAUGUUGGCAUAACAUUACAUCAUAUUACAUACAUCACAUCACAUCUGUUCAUUAGUAGAUCACUAAGUAAUGAUAAAGCAUGAUUCAAUGAAGUCUAGCAUUAAAAAGUACAUCUCAUGUUAUAUGUCAUGUUAUUUAAUGUUACGAUAGGUAAUGAUGAAAUAUGUUACUGAAAGUUGAGUGUUAUGUAUUAUGUACUCUCGUCACGUAUGUCACAUAAUGUUUGGUUAUGAUUAUAUGAUUAUGAUAUGGAAUUAAAGGCUACAUAUAUGUCAGAAGCUAAUCACAUGCUUCACAAAUUUAACUGCCUCCUCAGUCGAUUUGAUGAAAAGAUUGAUUAAAAAUUAAAGGCACCCUGUCUCCAUCAUCUACACCAUUAAUACAUUACAUAUUAAUUUAAUUAUACGUAUGUGAUAUUCUCUUAUGAAGCAUGUUCUGAUAAAUGCUGCCAAAUUUCACACUCUGUACUCGUAAAUAACUGACUUAAAGGUCCCCUGGAUUACCAAGUACUACACUUUAUUUCUGUUGGGAGGGCUGUGAGCGCAAGAACAGAAAACACCUGACUAGAGCGCUUACAUAUGGAAAUGCCGAACUGAAUUGGUUUUGACAAAAUGGACACGACUUGCAAAUGUUUUACCUUUGUAAUACACUGCACUAACUCAACAGACUCAUUCAGCACAACCUCUGUCUUGUUCUUUGUUUCUCUCUUUGAACAAGCUCAGUUGUAAAAUGUCUCCUAAAGACACAGAAAGGUCGACUCCGUAUUGAUUCUGUCUGACUCAGCAAAUAGGCGGGAAACCUUGUUUUUCACCCAACUGGACAUGCAGAAACCUUAGCCUUGGCAACAAUUCAGGCCCAGCAGUGAUACAUAACUUCUUGCCCUUUUUUUUUUUAUUGUUAUUGUUCUUCGGAAGAAAAAGAUACACAUCUCAAAGUUGGCGAAUUGCCCUUUUCAGCUGAAUUAGAUCACAAAUAUUGUCUUAAAGGCUGACAACUUUGCUUCCUUCCAUACAAAUUUUCACGGUGUAUAAAACACUUAAGCUGCCUCUUUAAAGAAGAACUUUUUAAAAGGUACACGGGGGACAAAAACUCUGAGUGCCAGGUGUUAUACAUCACUCAGCAUCUUAUUGCAGUCCAUGCCUGAACAGCCAGCUGUAAUGGAACGCCGUUAUUUCACUAUGAAAAUGAAGAGCCUGAGCUGGGGAUUUCACUUUCCAAUCGUGUGAAUCAUCAUUAUAAUGGCCGUCUCCCUUCAUUUCUUGCAGGUGUACCAGUACAUGCACGAAACAAUUACAGUGAAUGGCUGUCCAGAGUACCAGGCGAGAGCUACGGCUAAGGUAAAAACUGCUGUGGGGAUCUGAAUCUAAGCUCUUCUUCUCUCAUUAUAAGCAAUAAAAACACUAUGACUGUGGCUAAUGAGUGAUGGACUGUCUGUUAAUCACAUUACAGAGUGAUGCUAUUCUCCUUUUUUAUCUGGUCAAAGCAAAACUAAAUUGGCCAAGUAUGGUCUACACUGCUAAUGGCCCUCAUUAAGAGUGUGUACGUGUGUAAUUAAGCUAUAACACACACACACACGAGCGCCUGUUGUGUAGGACAAAGGCUGAAUGCCAGUUUUACAUACUGAUGUGCUAUCAAAGUGUAAUACAGCUGCUAUACCAUAGUUUCAUGCUGCUCUUUAUUUUGAGCUGAGACAGAAGAAAUAACACUUUAAUGAACUCCACUUUCACAAGAAAGAUUCAACAGUCACUCCUGAUGUUAUCUUAUCAUUUAAAUGGACCGUUAAUAGUUGUUAUCAUACUAUAAUGAGACCAUUUUUCUCAUAAUUAGGCCAGAAGGUGCCAAAUAUUUGGCGCGAUAAACCCAACUGUUAAGGCAAUCUGUCAUCAGACUUUUGUCUCAUACAGACGAUGAUAAAUCCGACAUAAAAUCUCCAAUCCAAACUCUCAGAUACAGCACUUUAAGGUAUGAGACAUUAGGUCAAACUACUUUAAAUAAGACUUCUAGUUUCAAACAGACACAGUCUUAGCUCUUGGUUGAAUGUCAUGUGUUUGUAUAAAUCUAUUUUCAUUUGCAACCACCUCCUGACUUUACCCAUUACACUACAUGAUCUGACCUCUAUGCUUUUGUACUGUUACUGCUCCAAUGUAAAUACGGAUUAUUUCAUCUUGCCAAUCCAAGAUAGCUGUUCACACAGGCACCUCAAUGCAACCUCUUAGUAUAACCCACCAAUAAUGGCUGUUUACUGAUAACUGAUUGAUAAACUUUUGAUUCAAACGGCUCAUCCAUGGAUUGUCUAUUUGCUGUCCCUGUUCUAAACUUCCUUGACGGUAUUUUAUAUUUUCUACAGGAUACACUUCAAAAUGAUUUUAAAAAAAGCGAUAUGAUGCAGAAUUACAGUAAAAUACCCUAGAAUACAAUGGUAUCAUGACAAAAACACAAGCAACAAUACAAAAUAACAGGAUUAGGGGUGUGUCAAUAAGAUGUUGAUAUCGGAUAUCUGUCCAAUAUCAGCAAAAAUCUGAAUAUCGGAUUAUAUCGGCCUGCAUCUAAAAUCUCUGAUACAUUCAGUCCAUUCCAGACUCUGUUCCACUCUGAUCACAACAACAGUGUGUACCAAAGUACCAAGGAGUAGGAGUGAUGUCGGCCCUGUGGCAGUAUUUUUCAUUUCAGUCCGAAAAGACGAGGUAGUCUAAUAUCCGAUCAAUGAUGGUAUCGGACAAUACUGAAGGCUACAAUAUCGGUAUCUGAUCAGAGGUAAAAAAGGUGUAGCGGGACACACCUAAACAGGAUGGUAAGAUAUAUGAUACAAUAUAUAUAAGACCAAUUUAAACAAUAUAAUAUAGUCUAACACUGUGCAACUGAUUUGUUAUGAUACUAUGCAACAUAAAUUCAAUCAAGUGAAACAGUAUGGCAUGGAGUUAGCCAACGCAACUUGAUUCAAUACAAUAUAUGAUAAGGUACGAUAUACUGUACAUCACCUCACACCCGUCCCCACGGUAACAGAUAAACAAUAGAAAACAAAUGACCGCAUAAAUCACUCUGUCAUGACCUCAAAUGAGCACUAAAGGCUACUGGAUAACUAAGUAAUUCAUGUCUUUUGUGUAGCAAUCCUAGACAACAAAAAUGAACAUUUUCUUGAGUUCCUCGGGAGUAUAUAUACCAGGCUCAAACUCCACAACAUACCAGUUAGCAUACCAGUAAGUACAGAUGAAUAGACAUCCAUGGACUGAAAAAGAAACCCCUAUCCAAAUUCAGCUAAUCCAGGAGUCUGUUCACUCCCAGAAAAAGCAAACGUUUAGUUCGUUUCUUGCUCUAAGAAAGGCUCUCAGCAAAUCACAAAACGUGCUUUCAAAAUCUUAAAGGCCCUUUUCCCUCUAAAGUGAACCCACCAUGAUUUCCAGCUCUUUAUCCUUGUUUCAAUAAUCUUCAGUUGCUAAAUGCCUUUUCAUUUGAGCUGCAAAUCUUUCUGUUAUUCCACAUAAUGUUCUUUCAGAGUCAUCAGAUUAGCAGCCACUAGAUUUUCCUUUUUUUUUCUGCUGUGUUCCUGCAAACACACAUUUUGUAUGCUAACAACGCUGAUGUCAUUCUGUAUCCUGUUACACAACCUGGGUGAAAAAUGACUUUGUAAAACAAUAUGAUAAUAGAAGCGUAUUUGUUUGUUAUGACAGACGGGCUGGAUAAGAUUGAUUUCUUCAUUUUGUUCCUUAAGAAAGUCUUCAGUAUGAAUUCAAACCAUGACAAAUAAUCUCUAUUUUCACUUUGCAGGCUUUGAUAUUUACUUAUGAUUCAUUGCCUUUGUCAGUUUUCAGGACGGCAGCUCAUAUUUUUCCAUUGAUUUACUUUAUAUUAGAUGUCAAUCAUUGAAAAAGCUUCUUUGCUUCUAGCAUUGGCUGAUUUUUUUGUGUUUUUUUGUCAAGAGGACACCGUAGGUUGAGGACAAAAUCAUGAGGAGCGCACUUUCAGGUGCAGCAUGAAUUCAAUAACCUAAUUUUGCUAUACAAAAGAGAUGAGCUUGACCUACUCACUCCAGCAGGAUUUGUAAUCAGCACAUCGCUUGCAAGAGACACAGGCUUUUAUGAAGGAAAACAAAGAGGGCAGGCUUGUCUGAUUUCAUGUGGAGGAGGAAGAUGAUUAGAUACGGGGAGAAGAAAAAAAAAAAGGGAUGAGAGCGUCUCUCUGUCCUUCAGAGGUUCAGUGUCCAGCUGGGUCCACUCCUCUUCAGUGGGCUACUUCACAGGGAGUAGGAGGAGGAUGUGAAUCAAAGAGGACGAUGAAAACAGAGGGAAAGAAGCUCUGUUUGUAUGAAGAGAGAUUGUACCGAGCUUCAAAUGCAGGGAGCUGAUUUUGUUGGCUCCUCUAACCAAUGCGUUUUACUCCGAGCGCUGUGGCGAAUUGCAAUCGACCACAAGGUCCAAGAAAUGGCUCAACAUGCUGAUGCACGCACUGAUUUACUGCUUCACUGACAGUUAUAUGUUUAGAUUUAUACCUCUCAUGCCUGCAGUCAGGUGGUGAUAAGCAUAAAUUUAGACACCUCUAGAGCUGUAAACCCUGAUUACGAGGCAUAACGUCUAAUACUUACUGAUGACAAGUCGUAUCAUUUCACUUGUCUUUCAGGUAGCUCGCUUUAAAAGGUCUAACUGAUGAGAAAAGCUGCUACCAUGAGUUGACAAGCCUAUCUUCAACAGAUGCCAGAAAAAGUACAACACUUGUGCAGCGUUUGAGUUACUUCGAAAGUCAGAUGUCCGAGCUGGGAAUGACGUCACACCUGAGUUACCAAGUCACAAAAAGCAAAAUCUGAGUCGGAAACAAGAUGGCUACAUCCACAAAAGUUAUUUUGGCGCUUGCCUUGUCCUUGCUUAUAUUCAGACAAGGCAAGCGCUAAAAUAACUUUUGUAGAUAAAGCCAUCUUGUUUCCGCCUCCGAUUUUGCUUUCUUCCAAUUAAAGGUCCUUACACACCGGGAACAACACAAAUAUACGACAUAUCAAGCGCAAUGCGAUUUUGCGACUUUCUGAGGGGAAAAAAAGAAGUGUCUCGGGUGGAAGCGAGCAGACUGACACAACAGCAGACUGAGUGUUUUUCAGUUCUGAUUAGACUCUAGUGUUGAGAUGUCUGUCUGUCAUGAUAGCAUGUACUGAGUCGGGGCCAGUACCGGAUAAGCACAUUAAACUAUAAUCCAUAAAUGUAAGGUAACAACUGAGACCUAAUGGUGCUGUGACAGCAACGCGAUUGAGUUUGAGACAGUGAAAAUACAUAUGCUAUGUUGUAUCUGAACAGGUUAACUUACGAGCUAAAGUUACUUAGCACAGAUGAAAGUUAAAGCAAAGACGUUUAGCAAACUGUUAAAGCACACAAACCAUCGUCAUAUGAGAAAUCCGACGCUAUGACUCUCCACAAGUUGUCCUUUAGGUCUUUAUCUUUGUAAUAUUUGUGUUUUUUAUCAAAGCGCACUCUGUUCUCCAACACGUAAUCAAUCAGCCGGUUGGCCAUGUUGGAUGUACUGGUGAAUCUGAUGUCGCAACAACACGCAAUCUCAUUGGUCAGGAGUGGACACACAGUAUGCAAAACUUCAGAAAAUUCAACCGUGAUACAAAAAAAUAAAUGCUGCAGUAUUGCAGGACAGGAAAACGUUGCUGAUGUGAACGCUUGUAUUGACAGGGUAUGGGUUCGGAAAAAAAUCCGAAAUAAUCGCACGAAAAAAACACUCCCGGUGUGUAAGGACCUUCACGCUGGUAACUCCGUGUGACGUCAUUCCCAGCCUGGACAUCUGACUCCUGAGGUAACUCGAAUGCAGCAUUAGUUAUCCAGAUGUCAAGUGUUUUGAUGAACUCCAUUUAACUUCAGAUGAAGCCAUUUACCUCACAUUGACCCGUUUCAAGUCUUCCUUCUAAGCUAUGCUAAUACCUGGAUGCUCUAUACUUGACAUGCAGACAUGAGAAAAGGAUCCAUAUUUUAGUUUCCCUCAAGAAAAAAUAAGAUUAUCUCCUCCUGUGUCAGACUGUUCCCUCCGUAUAAAAGGAUUCUCUGUAUAUGGCAGUGAGAAAAGGCCAGAUCUGCUGUCAACAACACUUUUAUUAAUUUCUUCCAAUGCUGCAUUUGGAAAUAUCCUGUCAUUUGUCAAGUGGGCACGAUCGUCUGAUCUUGUGAAAUAACAUCUUACGACUCGGGCAGAGUAAUUUCACUUCACAAAGGAACUGCGACAGUGAAGCUAGAGGGAGAAAAGAAGUGUCUGUCUCUUUUUUUAUAAGCCUGAAGCUACCAUGAAGACAUGAUUUAAGCGGCUUUAAAACUUCCUCCUACUUUUUCUCUUCGCCCGAAACUUUUAAGAAGUUACUGCUCCUAAAAAAAGAAUUAAAACUGCAUAUCCCCUGUGCAAUUAAGCACACAGCUGAUGGCCUGAGCUGGCUUUGCUGUGGGACACUUAAAAACUGGAAGCAAUGAAUGUGUUAAUAACUUUUUCAACUCUCUCUGGAGAUUAUCUCUAAACUAGGCCGCUGUGCCAAUUGGAUCCAAUCAGUAUCAUAUAGUCUGGGGGAAAAAAAAGAAGUUUAAAGUUGCAACAUUAUCGGAAAAGAAGUCUAUAAGCUGCUGUGGCAACACUGACGAAAUGUGUGAAAUCUACCUUUUUCUGCUCCAGUGCCUCAGGUGUAUUAGUUAGCGAUAUGGGCAAAUCUCCCGACGUUUUGGAUUUGUGUUUCACCUGAACGACACAAUCCUCCAUGAUUGCUACGGUAAUUAAAUCAAUCUAGCGUCUAAUUCCUGGCUCAAGGUCCUGAUCGAAAAGGAGACAGGGACUUUGAAGGCUCCAGGGUAAAACGAUGGACGCCCGGCGAUCACUACAGAUCAUCACAGAGACUACAGAUGUGUAAAGCUGUGGUUACUGAAUGAGUAUCCUAUAGCAGCCUUUUCAUUUAAAAUGCCUCCAGUGUGGCCGGCCAUCUGCCAGAUUGUUUUUUUUUUUCGUUUCCACAAAGCAAGAUAAAGUUGUGAAGGUCGAUGUGCCGUGAGGCCCCGCGAGGCGACGGUAUGCAUGCUGAGGAGCUGCCUUUUAGCUCCACAAUGGGACUGAAGGGGAGGAAGGAGAGGAAGAAAAGAAGAAGGACAGAGAGAGGAAAGAAAAGAAUAGAGAUGGGAAGUUGGCAGAACACAAUCACCAGAUUAAAACAGGCAGCAGGAGAGAAAAAGAGAGGGAUCGUUUGAGCCGAAGCGAUGCGGGUAUGAAGAUGCAUAUGCAUAUGCAAAAGAGAGCGGAGAUGGGGAUGCUGCCUGGAGCGGGCGUCAAAGACCUCCAAGUGCCAAGCAACUUGCAAGCUGCAGGGGAAUGUGGAUAUACCUCAGCGAAAGCUUCUGACAGAUUUUCCCCUCCUUUACUUUUAAUCCUACUUUCCCCGAUCGACCUCACACAUUAUAGAUGAUGCCGGCUUGACAGGGAGACACCUGUGGCAGCACAUCUGUGGAUGAGUGGGCAUGAGGUUUCUGGCUCUCUGUUCGCCUGCCAUUAGCUUUCCCGGGCUCGGCUAACAAGCUCCUGGGUGCUUUGUUCUCAUGGUACAAGGCGCAAGGAGCUUGGCUUGGGCUUCAAAGAAACCCCACAGACAGCAGGCAACAUCAACCAGCUGGUGGAGUUAUGGAGGGGGAAAGUUGUCCGGCUGCUCCUCCACUGUGAACUGGGAUGUGUUAAUCCUCGUGCACAGAGAGCCAGAGAGCUUUUCACGCGGAGACUAAAUCCAGGGACCAAACUGUUUGUAAUUGGCGUCCACUGUUAGGAUCAUUAUGUAAAACAUUUUGAAUUUUCACCCUAACAUCUAUUUUGAGGGAAAUCAAGAUGAAUCUGACGCUCUGAUCACUUCAUUUUUCAAGGUUUUCAGUUUCUUUAUCAAACAAGAUCAGUUUUGUUUUGUUUUUUUUUUAGAUCAAUUUGAACUUAAACUCUCCUUUUGCUUUGUUUUCACACCAGUUUAGAUUCACGCAGGGCGCAGUUCUGCUGCAAACAACUCAUUAUCAGAGAAAAACAGGUAUAUUUCAAGGUGUUGGGGUUGACAGUCGGUGAUUUUUUAAUUAAGCUUCGUCUUGCUUCUUUUCCUUCAGGCUACAGUCGCAGCCUUUGCAGCCAGCGAAGGUCAUUCCCACCCACGAGUGGUGGAGCUACCUAAGACGGAAGAAGGGCUUGGCUUCAACGUGAUGGGUGGAAAGGAGCAGAACUCGCCGAUCUACAUCUCUCGCAUCAUCCCCGGAGGAGUGGCUGAGAGGCACGGCGGCCUGAAGCGAGGGGAUCAGCUCCUGUCUGUCAACGGAGUGGUAGGUCUAACAUGGCUUACUAUUUACCAGCUCCUCAAAUAUGGCAGCUUGGGUUUUGGCCUUAAAGGGAUAUUAGGCGUAAAAUUAAGUAAGGGUCAAACACAGCGUAACAGAAAGUUACAUACCCCUUCAAGAGAUGAAUGUUGCGGAUCACUUGCUUCUCUAGUUAUACCAACUUAAGUAACAACCGCACGAUAGCAAUACACAGCUGUCUGAGGAACCACACACAAACCUCAACCAAAACGCCACUCUAUAGCCACAAAUAAUGCUCAGAACAGCACCUAACUUCAUCAACAGUACAUAAAGGGUCCCACAGCACAAGCCACCAAACAUCUUUUUAACUUUGCCUAAGAGACUAAACACAACUCACCUAUUCUCUUCCAGCAGCCGCUUAUUUGUAUGGAGACUUCGAGAAGUCCAUCACAGAUUGUAGCGGGGUUACGCAGCUCAAGGAAGAACAUUUAUUAUCAUUACUUCAUCAUUUCCUUGAAAUAAUAAUCAUCAUUUAAUCAUUUUGCACUGCAGACGCAGUAGUUCUCCUGUCUUAGUGUCUCGGUCUGAUUGUACUUCCAUGAAGAAAUGAUCAUAAAUGUUCUUCAUUGAGCUGCGUCACCCCACUGCAGUCCGUAAUGGCCUCGUCAGAGGUCUUCCUACAAACAAGCAGCUGCUGGAAGAGAGUAGGUGAGUUGUAUUUAGUCUCUUUGCUAAAGAAAUUAGGCAAAGUUAAAAAGAUGUUUGGUGGCUAUUGCUAUAGCUGGGACCCUAUUUGUACUGUUGAUGAAGUUAGUUUCUGUUCUGAGCAUUAUUUGUGGCUAUAGAGUAGCAUUUCGGUUGAGGUGUGCGUGUGGCCACAUAGACCGCUGUGUAUUGCUAUUGUGCGAUCGUUACUAAAGUUGGUAUAACUAGAGAAGCAAGCAGUCGGUGACAUUCAUCUCUCGAGGGGGUGUCUAACUCGGUCCUCCCGUGCAUUUGGCCCUAACUUAAUUUUACACCGGAAUACCCCUUUAAAGCCCCAGAAGGAAAAACCUGCACUUGUUAAAUAUUACAAUCCUCCAGGACCAUAUUCAAACAGAUAAUGUUGCUUGUCGUAUAACUAAAGCUAAAGUAAAAAAAAACAGUAUAGCAUCUAGAAACGAUUCUAUCAGUCCACCUCCAGCUUCAUAUAUUUAAGCAUUAGACACUGAAGAAGUGAAACCAGACUGUCCAAGGAGAGAGGCUGAAUAUUUUAAAUUAGAGGAAAUGUUAAAGCUUUCUGCACUCAUCUAUUAUUCAUGCCUGCUUCUCUUAAUUGAAAUAUUUUCACCACUUCUCACAAACUUUAAGUGUGCUUGAUUCAAAGUUUGUUACAUGAGUCAACAAUCAGGGGAGUAAUUGAGAUCAGAGUGCUGCAGAUGUCUGGAGGAAGGAGUGAAACUGAUUUUCCAGCAGCUCGUCUGCAUGUAAUAUCACAGGUUAUGAAAAAUUGAGGUUUUUUUUCUUCCUGUUGAAGAGCUGUUACUAUCUUUAAAUAUGGAGAAAUGAGCUUCUUCCUUUAAGACUCAACUGUCUCUCUGCAGAGCGUAGAAGGCGAGCACCACGAGAAAGCGGUGGAGCUCCUGAAGGCGGCCAAAGACAGCGUGAAGCUGGUGGUUCGCUACACCCCCAAAGUGCUGGAGGAGAUGGAGGCCCGCUUCGAGAAGCUCCGUACGGCCCGGCGGCGCCAGCAGCAGCAGAUCCUCAUGCAGCAGCAGCAACAGCAGAACCUGACCUCUCAGCAGAAUCACAUGUCGUAGGUGAGGCGCUUCAUUGCUUUAAGGGUUAGGGAGGAGGUGGACGCCACAAGCAAGAGGUAAAACACCACAGAAGAAGAAGAAGGUGACAGCAUAAAUAGUAAGCCAGGAGUGAGUAGAAGGAAACUGAUGUGAAGCAGUUUGGAAAAUAUGCUUCAUGCAUGUUCUUACUGUCCAAACAUGUACUCAGGAAGUAUGAGUUGUGAAGCCUGCCUCCUCCAUGUUAACAGAUGGCUCAUGGGUCAGAUUGGAGAAUCAAAGUGCACAUCAGAGAUUUUUUAAACAUGUUUUUCUGCCAUUAUACAUCGCAUUUAUCACACUAAUUUGUUUCCCAAAGUUGAUGUUCCUGAAUUUAUAUAUAUUUGAAUGAGUUAUGUGAUUCUGAAAAAGGAGGUACAGCCUCUUAAUGCAGAUUAUCAGAUAAGGCAUCUAGGCUGGAGGACGGAUUAUUGAUGGAGCUAGAACUGGAGACAUUUAGCUGCUGAUUACAGUCAGACGUGACAUAAUGUGAGACGCAUCAGUGGUUCCAGAUUUUAAUGGGACAAAGAGCUGAGUGUCAUCUGCAUAGCAAUGAAAGUCUAAGAGGGUUGUCUACACUAAUCGCAUCGACUUAGUAUAAAAAAAAUCCCAAAAAGUUGUAUUCUUGUUUAUCAUUUUUGGCUUUAAAGGCAACUCAACUGAGUGGCAAGUUUUACAUCUGCUAAACGUUACCCUUUAAGGACUCAAACAGAUAAUAUUUGAGUCUAAAAUCCACAUUUACAGCAUCAUUCCUGUAAAAUGUCUGAACCUGCACCAUGAUGAAUGGCUUUUAAGUUGAUUAUUUUGCUACCUUUUGAAACAAUAACACAUUUAAUCUCACCAGGCACUCACUUGUUUUAUUUCUGAGCUUCAUCAUGGCUUUGUUUUGGUCUGAAUUGUCUGCCACACGUAAAUGUGCAUGUGAAAAUGCAUAAAACAGACAUUAGGCAUCAAUAAAUGGUGUUUUCGCUUUUAGUACUUUCUUUUUCCAAUUUGCAAAAUUUCCCACUACAACGAAACAUCCAACCCUUAGUUCAUGGUUUAAUGAGCUCAAUCUUCAGCGGUUCAACUUUAAUCAUUUUAUUUUCUCUCCUUAGGUCGUUCUUUUAAUGUAGAGCCCCUUGACACAUUUUCAUCAAACACAGGUGCCAAUAAAAGCCAAAUUUCUACUGCUGAUGGCAUGAAGAGUGAAGUUUUUUUUAAGCUGACAUCAAAGGGUGGUGGAUAAAGAGAGGCUAAGUGAAAGUAAGCUUAAGUCUCCUUUUGAGAUUUAUUUGCAAUGCUCUGCCUUGCAGUGCAACUCCUUUUAUAUUGGCUUGUGUGCAGGCUGCAGUAUUCGCGCCCCAGCAUGAAGUCUUAAAAAUCUUAGUGGUAUCAUUUGCAAACCUCGUGGCUUGUGUCCUCUGCAAGCCGUACUACUUCUGCUUCUGUAUCCGCGGUACAGGCUGUAAAUUAUUCAGGCUUAAACCGAUUACAUCUGAGGCUCUUACUCUGCAGGUAUGCGGUUAACUAGAUACAGUCUGCCAUGAUGCUUCUUGCCGGAGGCUCUACGCACCUCUGCUUGAGACAAUAUUUUUGCAGUCCAAAUUUAGAACAAAGCUGUGCACUUUCCUUCGCACUAGAGCAAACUUUCUCCGAGUAAAAACAGCAAACUUUAAAGCAAGGAGAAACUUUUCAGACACUAAUCAGACAAGUUGAAUCAUAUCACACUACGGUUAAUCCCACCCAGACUUCUCCGGUUAUUGAAGCGUUUCCCUGACGUAUAUGAGGCAGGCAUGUGUCCAAGAUCUCAGUGGCACUGCCUGUUUGAAGCUAAAUCCCCCAAGCGUAUCUCUUGUCUUGCACUUGGCACAGAGCAGCUUGGGAAGGUAUUUAGGAGCUUGUAACAGUGUGUUGCAGCCACAGACAGGGAAGAGAGCAGGGAUCAUGUUUUAGUGAAGCCGCCUCGCUGACCGCGGAGAUUUGCUUUGGCGACCAAGAGGCAGCUGACCGAGUGAAACACACAAGUGGGCAAGAAUGAAACAUAAGCCAGUGGUUUGCCUGAGAUUCAGCCCACUCUGUGUCCCAUCUCUCUCACUGUGUGUCUCUGAGUAACCCGGCCUGCCACACAGGAACAGAGAAGGAGCAGAAAACAAUCAAUACGAUACGAUUUAGUACGAUACAAAACAUUUCGAUUCAUUUCCAUCUCAGUUUCUAACCUCACUCUCCAUGCAGUGACUUGAUUGGACAGGGAUACAGUGAACCAGUACAGAUGAAUGUAGAGGCGGAAAAACACCAAAUUAAACUUGGCGAGCUCUCCAGAAGAACUCCUGCCAGUACACUACACCUACAAACAAGAAUUGCACCCAAAUGAGGAGGCAACUGUGGAAAUGUUGCAUGUUUCUAAGUGGUUUUUAAGACUUUUAGCCUUAUUGUUAUUUUCUUGCCAUUCCCACGUUGGCAGGCUUCAGGAUGACUUAAAGGGAUAUUACAGCAUAAAAUUUAUUUAGUGUCGAACACACCGUAAUACAGAGUUAGACACCCCCACAAGAGAUUAAUGUUGCCAACCACUUGCUUCUCUUGAUAUACCAACUUUAGUAACAACCGCACGAUAGCAAUACACAGCGGUCUGAGGAGCCAUAACCAAACCUCAACCAAAACGCCACUCUGUAGCCACAAAUAAUGCUCAGAACAGCACCUAACUUCAUCAACAGUACAUAUAGGGUCCCAGCCAUAGUACUAGCCACCAAACAUCUUUUUUUAGCUUUGCCUGAUGAGGAAACUCAAAAAUACUUUCUCUCUUUAUUUGUCCAGUGGGUUUUGUGUCUCUUAAAUUGAAAAUUUGCUAUAUUUUUGGAGAUUGGUAUGCACUUUGAGGUCUAUUUUAACUUAAAUGGAGCUAUUUCCACGAUGUAAAACUACAGAAAAAUGAUCCGAACAAUUUGUGAACUGAAGUAUAAGGUUUUUUAUUUAUUCAAAACUGCAUAUUAAUUAAAUUUAAAUCAAAUCACAAGCUGUUUUUGUUCAGCAUGAAUGUCUAGAUUACCUCCUCUUACAGUCAAUGCUGGUUUUAAAAGAGUUUUUCUUUUCUAAUGGGGGGACUUUUGCAGGAAAACACCUCAGCCAACUUUAUAUUCCGCUGCAUGUAAACAAAUUUUCAUUUUUCAUUUGAUUUCACACACUAUCAAAAGUUUCCUGACUGGCUUAGCGAAUAUAUAACCCCUCUAUUUACGGCCUGUGUAUCCUGGUGGAACUCUGCACUGUGCAGUGUUGUGGUCUCAAGGGUUGUCUGACUGAAAUUUACACCCAGGUACCAGCAUGGGAUCAAUAUAACCUCCCAAUAUUUGUAGCCCAAACAAAGCACACACAGAGCCUGUCUGGUUUGAAUUCUCUGCGUGACUGAGUAAAACACCGACUGAACAGACUAAGUGCUCCACACUGGCCUCCUCUGACUCUGCAAAUCCAGCCCCUCAGCAGCCCCUCUAACAAUAAUCCAGAUAAACUUCUCUCCCACUGAGCAGAUUUAUGCAGAUUGAUGAAAAUGAGGAGAAGAACUUCAUGAAUGUUACUAUAAACUUUCUAAAAGUGAUUAUAUGUCUCAUUAAAAGCACAAACAUCAGAGUAAACACAGCUGAGGAAGUGCUUACCUUCAGAGGUGGCAGUGAAGACCUGAUACAGGAAGUAAAGUUGAGGAAAGGGGGCAGACACACACUUUACUAAAUAAGUAAGAUAAGAUACUUCCUGUCUAAAAACACAACCCUUUCAAAAUAAAGGUCAGUUUUUCCUCAGAAACUGUGUCAUUGGGCUUUCAAAACACAGGAAUUUUCAAUACUAUGUUUGAUCCUUCAAAUUAAGAGUCCCCGCUGAAUCUACACAGACUUGAAAAUAAACUACCAUGCCCUGUUUGGACAUUUUAAAUACAAAAUACUGCCAAAUAAACAGGUCAUUGACUUGUUUUCUUAAGACUGUCUGUCCCUAGUAAACUAAAAAGUCUUUUCAGAAUUUGUACUUCCUUUUCGGGCCUCUAUUCUGAUUUGAUACUAUGCACAGUGUUUGGUACUGCCCUGCUCAAAACUUAUUAAGUAUGAGUUCUUCUUACCUGCAAAACCCACUUCUGCUUUUUUUAGGAAAUGCAAUGUCUUUUAUGACCUUCAAAAUAAAAGUCUUUAUACCCUUGAGUAUUAGCUUUACAUUCACAAGCUUUUAUAUGGCAAUAAACUUUGUUAAUGCCCUUCGAAUUAAAAGUCUUAUUAGUUCGGGUUAGACAGGGUCAACAUAUCAAUGUCAUAUUCAUGCUCUUCAAAGUUUAAGUGUUGGUGAUAACCAGAGAAUUUUACAGGAAAUCAAAAUGCUGUGUAAAUCCCUUUCAAAUUAAAAGUCUUUGAAGUUAGGGUUGGAAGGGGUUGACAUAUAAAUGUCAUAUUCAUGCUUUUCAAAGUGUUGGUAAUAACCAGAGAAUUCUACAGGAAAUCAAAAUGCUGUGUAAAUCCCUUUCAAAUUAAGAGUCUUUUGUAACAGAAGCCAGGAUUUUCCAGGAAUUUGUAAUACCCUGUUGGUUCCCUUGAAAUGCUGUCUAGUUAGCCGAGGACUGAUUUGCGAUUGAUGCAGAGAGAUACCCCUCUCACUGUUUUUUAGAUCAAGUGUUAAAACCUCUUUUUAUAAGGAAGAUAACUUAAUUGUAGUCACAGUUACUUCAAAGACAAAGAAAGAAUAAGAGUCUGAAGACAAAUACUUGAAGAUAAUGUGAGAAAACCUUGUAGCGGAGAAGGGAGAGGAAGAAGAGAGUAGAGAGGAAAAAUAUAAAUGACAGCGGGCGAGAAGAGAACAGAAAUUGAUAAUAAUCAAAACAAACAUGGAGUGACAAAAUAACAUCCAUCACGGUUAUCUCAGCGCUCAAAGUUCCUGAGAGAAACUUUCAGUCUGGAGAUAAAAACUUUGUAAAAUCCUGGCGAACAGAAUUGACGUGAUAAUACUGGAAUAAAUCAGUGUUACUCGUAGGCAUUGCUCUCAGUAUUUGUCUCCACUUUUCUGAUCUUCAGGAUGUUCCAAAAGAAGAAGAAGUGAAGACAAGAGAGGUAAAGGUGGAUCUCAAAGACCAUCUGUGUGCAUCGAGGAUCCCCCCCAAAGGAAUCUCUUUGUCUGCCGCGGAGGAAAAAAAAAACAACAAGUAGAAGACUCUUUGACUCACUCUCUCCCUUCCAGUGUACCACCGAUGACUGAGCAAAAACACAGAGAGCCGUUUGUCCUGAAACCGGUGCUUUGAAGAACAAGAAGGAGGGAGCUAAGCACUGAACGCUGUCCAUUUGAACUUCCCUUUGAUAAGUUGUUCUCCUGGUUGUGACUCUUACUGAAGCUCCUUUUUUGUGUUGGUUGUUUCGUUUACAGGUCCAUUUUCGAUUGCCAUUUUUUGCCAUAGAUAUCAUUUGUACAGUGGUGUUUCUAUUGAUUCCUCAACUGGUGCUUGUGUCUCUGUAUGAAUGACCAUUAAUUUCUCUUUUUUGUGUGUUAAACUCGUCCUGUUUUGGAUAAACGUGAACUCUUUUUUACCUUCUAUAUUGUAGCAGGAGAGAUUUUGUAUCUUGUAGGUUUAGCAAUAACACACAUCGUUCUGUUUCUUCAUUUCACCCGCUAAAAUUCAUGAUUGGAAACAUCUUACACAAACAGAGUUUAUUACGGCACCAGAUGUAAAUCGCUGUAAAGAAAAUUGGGUUUUAUGUACCGUGAGGCAGCUUCUGUGUCCGAAUCCUCUGUGCCGUUUUAAGAGUUUAUUGAUUUACAGGUGGCGCCAACAAUUAAUGUGCAAUAACUGUGAUUAUUUACAGAGUUUUUAAGCUAAUUCCCAACUGAGAUUCAUUUAGAAAGUAUAUGUUAAGAAGAGAUUUUAGCAAAUAAACACUAAGAGGAGUCCUGACACAAACAGAAUGUCAGUUUUCAUUUGAACAGAUUUUAACCCAAAUAUACCAGAAUUAUUUAUAUUCCAGAUGAAUCUAUUUUAUAGUUUAUGAAACUAGAGUUUAACAUAAAGUUUUAUUGUUCCUUUUAAAUAUUAUGUAUGCUUUUUAUUGUCAUUAUUGUUUCAAAUCUAUCCAAAUCUAUGUACCACAGCAGAUCCGUUCCUUCUGUUUCAAGUAAUUUAACUCGCGCCUCUUUAUCUUUUAUUUACAAACCCAGUAGCAGAGUUUAAAAGCUAAUCCACCAAGUUUGUGUUUUCCUCUCAAACACCUCCAGUUUUGGCGCCAGGUGCUCCUUGUUUGGUUUUAAUUGGGGGUUUUUUGCACUUACUCUAGAUGGCGCUAUUUUCUUGUAUUUCUUUUUUUCUUCUUCUGUUUUACCCCAGAAAAACAAAAAUAUAAAACACAUCACUUACUGAAUGCUGACGAAGCUGCAUGUCAAGAAUGAAAAGCUGUCAUGAAGUUAUAAAUUUGCAUUUUCAUGAAAAUGUUGCAAACUGUUCCUUUAAAAACUGCAUCAUGGAUAUAUUGGUAAAAAUUAAAAAUGUCCUCUCUGUAUUACAUUUGAUUGCACAAGACCAGCAGAGCUAAUUCUUUUCCAUUCAUAACACAUUGAAAAAAUGUUCCUUACUGACUUGUUCGCACAGAGGUGAAGUGAUUUUAAGCCUCUGUGCUAAAGCUACAGGAUAUUUGAAAUUUGUGUCCUUCACAAGCAGAACAUCUCAACACAACAAAUCCCUUUUUGUAUCUUUAAACCACAGGUACUCUUUCUUAAUUGACAUUUUUGAAGCUGAUGGUCCCGUACUUACCGUAAAGAUUUAAAAAAAGAAAACAAACUGUUGAUAUGCAAUUGUUAUACAUACUAUAUUUGUAUAAAUAAAUCUAUGUGCUUGUGUACAGUGAA